CCGCCUUGUGUUUUUCCUGGAGACGACGAUGGGCUGGUCAGGUUGGGAUGGCAGAAGUGCGCUUCUCCGGGUGACUCUUCUGUUGACAUCCUUGGCCCCAUCUGUCGACCACGUCAGUGCUGAUAUGGACGUCAGAGGUAGGACACAUUUUUAAUAGCCAUGUUUUCAUAUCUCUGGAAUAACCGUUAGAAUUUAGGCUGGCAAUCAACAUUUCUCGCAACACAAUACGAUUGGGCUGUGGUUGUAGUUAAUGUUGACAACCUCUAGAACUAUAUGAACUUAACGUCAUAUAAGAUGACUGUUAACUUAUCUGUAAGUCAACAAAGAACCCAGUGAAAGAUCUCAGCAAAUACUUUAUAUAUAUAGGGUUUGACUAAUCUUUACGCACCUAUGUCAUUGCAACCGUGAUGCCAUCUCGUUGUCAUCUGUAAAUAUAUAUAUAUAUAUAUAUAGGGUUUGACCACUCUUAACGCCCCUAUGUCAUCGCAACUGAGGCUUAAGGGUGUCGCCUCGUGAUGCACGUUGUCAUUUGAUGCCAUAUAUCAAAGAUUUUUUUUUUCAAAUGGAUUAAUCAGUUUGAUAUCGACCAAAUAGUCGUGUCUUAUCCCCGUUGAACCCUUUGUGUCAUGUGUUGAGCUAUCUUGAGGUCACACGUUAUGAGCACUUUGUUCUGUCUGGUCCAGCACGUGUCUAAACUUUGAUGAAACCAUAGCAACUUUGGACAAAUCUUUAACUGAAAGGUAGUAUUGAAAAAUAUGUCGUAUAACUAACAAGAAGAUUUAAAAUCAGAUGUUUGAACUAUACAAGCUUAUUGCUUUGUAUGGUGUCUAAUACAAAAUAUCUGAUGUAAUAAUGUCAGACAAUAAAACAUUAAAACAUUAAAUUGUAUGUUGUAUAACAAAAAAUAAUGUUUGUCUGAUGAGAAAGAAUGUUUACUUAUGUACGCCUAUAGCUUUUUGCUUUUCUGAGAACAACUACCAUUUUGAAGCUUUUCAAAGAUUUGCUUGUUAACCCUUAGUUUUGUUAAGUCAUAGUUUUGUUGUAAAGUCUUAGUUUUGUUGUUAAAUCAUAGUCUUGUUGUAAAGUCUUAGUUUCAUUGUAAAGUCAGAGUUUUGUUGUUAAAUCAUAGUCUUGUUGUAAAGUCUUAGUUUCAUUGUAAAGUCUUAGUUUCAUUGUAAAGUCUUAGUUUUGUUGUUAAAUCAUAGUCUUGUUGUAAAGUCUUAGUUUCAUUGUAAAGUCAUAGUUUUGUUGUUAAAUCAUAGUCUUGUUGUAAAGUCUUAGUUUCAUUGUAAAGUCAUAGUUUUGUUGUUAAAUCAUAAUCUUGUUGUAAAGUCUUAGUUUCAUUGUAAAGUCAUAGUUUUGUUGUUAAAUCAUAGUCUUGUUAGUAAAGUCUUAGUUUCAUAAUAAUCUUGUUGUAAAGUCAGAGUUUUGUUGUAAAGUCAGAGUUUUGUUGUCGAUUUUGUUUUCGUAUAGUUUUUCAAAUCUUUAAAACAAAACUUUCAAUGGAUUUGUGCUGUAUGUGCAGGCAUAGUUCGUCAACCCAUUGUUUAUAAUUAUAAUCUUUAUAAAAAAAGUAUUAGCAUUUCAAACGUUUUUAAAAAUGUUUUGUACAAUGACGUCAUCACACACUUUUAAAUUCACACAUUUUUUUUUUUGGUUAAUUUUUUUUUUCUUCUGAUCUUUGAUGUCUUCUAUAUUUUGAAUCCUCUAUAUUAACUUUGCUUUUGAUUGUAGCUGUCUGGCUGGGUGGCAAAAUGCAUGUGUUAUCAAAUGUUUAGCCUCACCCCCCCCCUCCCCUCCCAUUGCUCUAUGUUACAUUUGAUAAAAGAUUUAGAGGACAAGCUUUGUUUUAAGGGGUUGUCACCUUUUGUACAAAGUUUAAGGCGUCUCUUUCCAUUGUUUCAGUCACUUCUGUAACACGGUAGAUAGACCCCUAUCGUUCCAUUGGUUACCCUUACUGUUGUGACACUCUUACCCCACCCCCCUUUUUCAAGUGUUCUCUCGUGUAACAUUCCCAACUUUCUCUUGACACUGUUAUCUUCUCUUUAUAAACGUCCUUUCCCACUAUCUUUACAUUGUAAUAUUUUCUUUUGUAACAUUCUGAUCCCUCUUUUUCCAUCGUUGUCUUCUAUUUUGUAGCAUUCGUACCCAUUAUCUUUUCAUUGCCGUCCGCUCUCUUUACAUUGUUACCUUUUCAUUUUUUUUUUUUGGUGACAUUUUUUACUCUUACCCCUUGACAUCUGCUUAAUCAUCAGAAAAAUUUUUGUUAAAAUUAUUUUUUCUAACAUUUCUGCCAGUGAAGGACAUAGAGAUGUCAGAUAGAUAUUCUUUGUUGUCAGUCUGUCAUAUCAUCCAUGAGAUGUCAGAUACAUAUUCUUUGUUGUCAGUCUGUCAUAUCAUCCAUGAGAUGUCAGAUGCAUAUUCUUUGUUGUCAGUCCGUCAUAUCAUUCAUGAGAUGACAGAUGCAUAUUAUUUGUUGUCAGUCUGUCAUAUCAUCCAUGACAUGUCAGAUACAUAUUCUUUGUUGUCAAUCUAUCAUAUCAUCCAUUAGAUGUCAGAUACAUAUUUUUUAUUGUCAGUCUGUCAUAUCUGAUCAAUUUUGAUUGUAUUUCAAUGUCAAGAGAGUCACGCUUACGGAUGUAAGUUGACAAUAUGUCAAAUGAUUCCAGUUGUCAAUUUGCUAGAUGAUUUAAGUUGUCAUUAUGUCAGAUGAUUUCAUUAUUUAACACUGUAUGCGACUAAUUUCAGUUGUCAAUCUGUUGGAUUAAUUCAGUUGUCAAUAUGUCAGAUGAUUUUAGUUGUCAAUAUGUCUGAUGAUUCCAGUUGUCAUUAUGUUAGAUGAUUCCAGUUGUCAUUAUGUUAGAUUAUUUCAGUUGUCAAUAUGUCAGAUGAUUCCAGUUGUCAUUAUGUUAGAUGGCUUCAGUUGCCAAUAAGUCAGAUGAUUUUAGUUGUCAAUAUGUUAGAUGAUUUCAGUUACCAUUAUGUUAGAUGAUUUCAUUUUGGCAAUAUGUCAGAUGAUUUCAGUUGUCAUUAUGUUACAUGAUUCCAUUUGUUAAUAUGUCAAAUCAUUUAAAUGGUCAUUAUGCAAGGCGAUUUCAAUUGUCAAUAUGUCAAAUCAUUUCAGUUGUCAUUAUGUUAAAUGAUUUCAGUCAUCAUUACAUUAGAUGAAUGCGGUUGUCAAUACUUUCACUAGGUUAGAUCAUCGUUUCUCACAACACAUUUCUUAGUCGUUAAGAACACCUUGAAAGUAAAUUAGUAUAAAUAGGAGGCCACGUAGGUAAAUAUUACUUUUAAGUGGCCUACAGGUCCCCAAAAAGUGGCCUACAGGUGCCCAAAAAGUGGCCUACAGGUCCCCAAAAAGUGGCCUACAGGUGCCCAAAAAGUGGCCUACAGGUCCCCAAAAAGUGGCCUACAGGUCCCCAAAAAGUGGCCUACAGGUCCCCAAAAAGUGGCCUACAGGUCCCCAAAAAGUGGCCUACAGGUCCCCAAAAAGUGGCCUACAGGUCCCCAAAAAGUGGCCUACAGGUCCCCAAAAAGGUUUAAGAAAAGCUGUUAUUGAUUUCACUGUCACAUAGUGCUAGAACAAAUUUAAUUUGUUGGAGCAAGAAUAUGGCAGUAUGCCAAAUCGUGCUAGGUUCUGAUGUUGUAUGUCAGAUGUUGCACUAUCGUCCGAUGACUUGACAAUGCUCAAAACAUCAUAUGUCAUUGGUAUGGAUAUCGAUUUAAAUUUUUAAAUUUUAGGAAUAACAUAGUUUCAAACUGUUUCGUGAGUCUUGUUUAGCCAUCACCACCUUAAGUUUGGUCUCUCCGCGAAACUUUCUUAAUUUAUCAUUAUGCUGCUAAAGGAUGAUCUCUUUAUGCAUCUAAUAGAUGAUCUCUUUAUGCUGCUAAAAGAGGAUCUCUAUCUUUUAAUUACUUGUAGCUUUGAAUGGUGAACAUUUCCCUCCCAUGUAUCAUACAACUGGUUUGCUUCGCUGAAUAGCAAUAUGCUUUAAUUUAUCAUUUCAAUAGUAUUUGGAAAAAAUGUUUGUUAAAAGUUAAUGUCAAGAGUAUAUUGAAAGAGUGUUUGUGAACAGUCUGUGUCAAGGGUAUUUGGAAAAAGUGUUUGUUAAAAGUCAUUGUGUCAAGAGCAUCAAUGUGUCAGUGGUAUAUGUGUCAUACAGGGAAAGUUCCAGAGAAUAUGUUGAAAAUAAAUGCCAAUAGUGCGUUUUAACAAUAUAUGUCUCAAUCAUUUAUCGAAUUUUCAUAUGUUUACAUCAGUGAUUCCCAAACUGUUUCUGCCCCACACGCUCCAACGAGCACAUACCCAUGUUAAACGUGCCGUCUCGCUUCACUGGAAAAGCUAAAUAUUUUUUUUUUCCAAAAAGACAUCUCAAUGAUGCCAUCAGAAAAAAAUGUCAUUUUAAUUUCACGGCCUGUCAAACCCUAGAACUUGAACAUCGUAGAAUAAAACUAAUCACACGCAUAACAUCGUUAUAUUGCAAAAAGUGGCCAACAUCCAAUGAGGUGAUUUUUCUUGUAAAUUUCAUGUGUCUAAUCACCACCCACUGCCCCGUAAAUAAGAUCCUUUAAAGUCCCCCACAAUCUUUAAAUCCCCCCCCUCCCACGUGGGAAGUAUCCCCCACGUUAAGAAACACUUGGCUAUGUGUCGAUGUGUUGCGUCUAGAUCUUGUGUCAGUGUAAUGUGUCUAGAUGACGUGUCAAGAUCAUGUGUACAGAUCGUGUGUCAAGAUUAUGUCCAGAUUAUGUUUCAAUAUAAUGUGUGUAGAUAAAUGUGUCAAGAUUAUGUUUACAGAUCAUGUGUCCAGAUUAUGAAUCUAGAUCAUGCAACGGUGUAUGUUUAAAUAAUGUGCCCAGAUCAUAUGUCCAGAUAAUCUGUCAUGAUUCGGCCCAGAUGUGUGAAGUUAAUGCCAUGUGUCACGAGUAAGUUCUUUGACCGCCUUUCAGUCAAUUAUAACAUUUUGUAUGGAUUUUUGUGUCGCUUAUACUUGUGGGCGGAGCUACACCACCUAGACAUUUUGCGCGUGGAUUUGCCCGGGUAACCAUGGUAACGUCGGAUAAAGCGGUGCUAGCCCCGGGCAGGGCGUGGGCCAAUAUUGGAUCUUAACGCAUUCUUCAUGUCACGGCUGCACAUAAGGAAGUAAACACUUGCCUGAAUACAAAACAAGCUCUCACCUUGGGAAAUUAAAAAAAAAAGUGACGUAAUGUGAGCUCUUGUAUUGUGUAAAAAAGCUGUAAAGCUGAGAUAGUGUUCAAGACGUGUCUUAACACAUACAAACGUGUCUUAACACAUACAAACGUGUCUUAACACAUACAAACGUGUCUUAACACAUACAAACGUGUUUUAACACAUACAAACGUGUCUUAACACAUACAAACGUGUCUUAACACAUACAAACGUGUCUUAACACAUACAAACGUGUCUUAACACAUACAAACGUGUCUUAACACAUACAAACGUGUAUUAACACAUACAAACGUGUCUUAACACAUACAAACGUGUCUUAACACAUAAAAACGUGUCUUAACACAUACAAACGUGUCUUAACACAUACAAACGUGUCUUAACACAUACAAACGUGUAUUAACACAUACAAACGUGUCUUAACACAUAAAAACGUGUCUUAAUACAUACAAACGUGUCUUAAUACAUACAAACGCUACUAAGCAAAAAUUGAACAUAUAUGGGAAGGCAUUAAGGUCAAAUAGUGGCUCACCAAUGUAUGAGUUAAUAUAGGCUCACCAAUGUAUAUGUCUUUAUAGUGGCCUCUAAUUUAUGGGUUAAUAUCGGCUCACCAAUGUAUGGGUUAAAAUUGUCUCACCAACGCAUGGGUUAAUAUUUAGUUCACCAAUGUAUGGGUUAAUAUUGGCUCACCAGUGUAUAGGUUAAUAUUGGCUCACCAAUGUAUAGGUUAAUUUUGGCUCACCAAUGUUUAGGUUAAUAUGUGCUCACCAAUGUAUAGGUUAAUAUUGGCCCACCAAUGCAUAUGAGUUAAUAAUGGCUCACCAAUGCAUAUGAGUUAGUAAUGGCUCACCAACGUAUAGGAGUUAAUAUUGGCUCACCAACGUAUAUGAGUAAAUAGUGGCUCAACAGUGUCUAUUAGCUAAUUAUAAUGGCUUAUCAAUGUAUAUGGGUCAAUAUUGGUUCACGAAUGUAUGUGUUACUAUUGGCUCACCAAUGUAUGACUCAAUAGUGGCUCACUAAUGAAUAUGUCGAUGGUGGUUUACCUCUGGAUGUGUCGAUUGUGGUUCACCAAUUAAUGUGUCAACUGUCUGUUGAAAACCAUAUAACCACCUACUGCGUCUAUAUUGAAGAGUUAACUCUAACUCUACUACCAAUGAUGUGUCCCACGCCAGUAGCCGGCGGUGGUCAAGUUUGAUGACCAAUGACGAGUAGUGUAUUGCUCACGUUGUCGACCACUGUGUUAUGACCACCCCCCCCCCCCCCAAAAAAAAAAAUUAUCUCGUUUGUCUGAGUAGCGGCAAAUCAGAUACGUCCAUAUGGUCAGGGCACCAGAGGAUUUAGUGGCACUGGUCGGCUGAGAUAAUGUCAUUAGUGUCCGGGAUUCUCUGAGUAGUCCUCAGCGAGUCUUAAGCAAAACUCGCACCAGAUGCACCGGACUUGCCGAUAGAAAUGGCCACGGCUUACUGGUGGCAUGUAAGUGUUGGACGUGGUCCUGGUGAAAACUGUACCCCAUGUACGGGUGGGACGUAAUGGCUGUGUUCAAGAAUCCUAUGACCAAAUUAAGGCCUUUUUUUUUUGUGUUGGUUGCACUGGGACGUUUAAAGGGAUUUUCUAUAGAUCUCCGCACUGCGUGUAAAAAGUUGUUAUUUUGUACCAGCUCUAAGCACACAUUAUAUCAGAGGCGUAGCUAAGGGGGGCAGAGGGGGGGAUAGAAGUCCCUGGGCGCCAGACUAGUUAGGGGCGCCAAAAUGUACUUUGUUAUUAUAUUAUUGAUGAAAAUAACUCUUUAAAUGAAUCUUGUCCCCCCGGCGCUGAACACUCUAGCUACGCCUCUGAUUUUUAUCGAUUGUACUUUGGCUGGAUUAAAGAGAAUUAUACAAUUUUUUUAAUAAAUAUUUUACUGAACCAGAUAUAACAGAUCUGAUGUUGGAAACAAAAUAUAAAAGUAAGGAUGAGUCGUCCAUCUGGUGUAGAGAUUAGUGACCAGGAUUUACUUAGUAAAGCAGGAGAUUAUAGGUGAUAUGUGAUGUAUUCGAUUGGAAUUAUUGAAAUAUAAUGCCUUAAUAUUAUAUACAUUCACAAAAUAAAGCCGAUUAAGUGAAUAUUUAGUGAAACUAUUAGAGUACAGUGAAUUGAUGUAUUUGUAUUUGGGGCCUUAAAAUCAAUUAUAUUUAUAAUAUAUCAUGAUGAUAUUAUAUCAUGCAACAAGCAUAUUUAAAAAAUAUAUAUUUAAUGAAAUAAAAUGUCAUUUUUCUACGUGAUCUAGUGCUAAGCGAUAACUCUAAAAGGAUCCUGGUGAUAGGUUGAAUGCAAACUCUUUUGAAGGUGCUAAAGGGAAACUAGAGGAAAUGUUGGCGAUUCUCAGUAAUAAUUGUCUUUAAUUGUCGACUUAUCUUUUUGUGUUGGCUUGUCUCCAAUGUUUUGAUGACAUUACCUGUUGUGUGUGAAGGGCUCAUACAUUCGCCCAUAAUGUGAUUUGGGGGCAGGAUAAAGUAAUCCAGGUCCAGGUAUUGAUCAAAACGAGACUUAAGCCUUCAGUCUGCCCGUCUGGCCACUAUUGACCAAGACGAUUUGAUGCCUGAAAGAAAUGAAACCUCGAGCAAAAAAAAACCAAAAAAAAAAACCUUGUCUGUGAGGACUGUUAAUGCGAAGAUGGGAUGAGGGACUGGGAGUAGGGGUGAGUUUAACACAGGAAUAAUACUUGUCUUAAUCCUUGCCUUAAUCCUGAUCUUAAACUGGUGGGCGAUCGCCCUAGCUCGCCUGGCAGAAUCGCUGGCAGAAUCGCUGGCAGAAUGACAGGCAGAACCGCUGGCAGAACCGCUGGCAGAACCGCUGGCAGAAUCGCUGGCAGAAUCGCUGGCAGAACCGCUGGCAGAACCGCUGGCAGAAUCGCUGGCAGAAUCGCUGGCAGAAUCGCUGGCAGAAUCGCUGGCAGAAUCGCUGGCAGAACCGCUGGCAGAACCGCUGGCAGAAUCGCUGGCAGAAUCGCUGGCAGAAUCGCUGGUAGAAUCGCUGGCAGAAUCGCUGGCAGAUUAUCAACAAAACAUAAAAAAUGACGGCUAAAUAAAAAAAAAAAAAAUAAAAUAAAAGAAAGAAUGUGAGAUGAAGAAAUCAUGGUGGACUCUGAUUAGAUCUGAUUUGUGAGUCUGGGUCUGGAAUUCUAAUGAGUGAGAUAUCGGUCUCGGUCUCUGGGAUCGUCUCAGCCAAUUUAAGAUAAUUGCGGGAUCGAUUCUAUGUUAGCAAUGAUUAAUAAGGUCACGUGGGUUCGCAUUCAUUAUUAGUAUACUGUGUUCAAUUGACCACCCAUUUGCUGUUUGACCCCAUGGUUAGUAUUAGCACUAUGCAGACAAUAUCUUUCUCCCCAAAUUCUUUUUGUCGUAACUUCUGAUUAUUAUCAGACUAUAUAUUUUUUCCUCCAGAAAAUGCGUGCAUUGAAAAUAUUAAUUUUAUUUUUGAGUAAGCGCAGUCUUACACUUACAGAACUGGUCAACAUAAAAAAAAUGUUGUAACUAUGAAGUAUGGAUUGCUUAAUUUUUAAAAACCUUGACCUCGGAUAUGUAAGGAGAGUUGGAUAAAGUCACGUCAUAAUGAGACAUAGAAUUGAGCGUUUAAUGACAUGAUUUGGGGAAACAGAACAGUCUAGGUAGGCAACACAUAUUAACUGCCAAUGUCACACAUUAACUGCCAAUGUCACACAUUAACUGCCAAUGUCACACAUUAACUGCCAAUGUCACACAUUAACUGCCAAUGUCACACAUUAACUGCCAAUGUCACACAUUAACUGCCAAUGUCACACAUUAACUGCCAAUGUCACACAUUAACUGCCAAUGUCACACAUUAACUGCCAAUGUCACACAUUAACUGCCAAUGUCACACAUUAACUGCCAAUGUCACACAUUAACUGCCAAUGUCACACAUUAACUGCCAAUGUCACACAUUAACUGCCAAUGUCACACAUUAACUGCCAAUGUCACACAUUAACUGCCAAUGUUACAAAUUACCUGCCAAUGUCACACAUCAACUGCCAAUAUCAACGUAUAAAUAAAGUAUAAUUGUUACAUUGCAAUUUUUAUUUAUAAUAAAUUUGUGGUCAUAUAAUUAUGAAAUUACGCACACAAGUGCGUAAAAAAAUUAGCAAUUGAUUGAUUGAUUGAUUUAAAUGUGAUCUAAAAAUUAAUCAAAUUAAGGAGAGAAAUAAAAAAAAUAAUUCCAACGCUGUAAGUCUACAUUGCUUUCUCAAACAGCACAGGUCCUGUAUAGAUACUCGCAUCUUCAGGAUAGGGCUUAGCCGGAUACUGACCCAGAUACCAAGAAAUGCCGAGUACUAGCACACCUGGCACAUACCCGGACCCGGAGAAAAAAAACGAAACCGAGCCCGGGUGUUUAAAAAAAGAAGUUAUAUUCUCAUUGUAUACGUGUUUUAUGUUUGUCUUAGCCAGAUGCAUAUCUUUGGCUGCCAUGGCACGUUAUGCACUGACAUUUCAUUUCCCAGGAUCAUUUCAAGGCCUGGAUGGUAUCAAGGCUUGGAUGGUAUCAAGGUUUUGAUGUAUGAAGGCUUGGAUAUAUCAAGGCUUGGAUGGUAUCAAGACUAGGGGGAACAACGCUUGGAUGGUAUAAAGGCCUGGAUCAUAUCAAGGCCCGGAUGGUUUGAAGGCUUAGAUGGUAUCAAGGCUGGGAUGGUUAAGGCUUGGAUGGUAUCAAGGCCUGGAUCUUUUUAAGGCUAGGGGGUAUCAAGGCUUGGAUGGUAUAUAGGCCUGGAUUGUAUCAAGGCCCAGAUGGUAUCAAGGCGUGGAUGGUAUCAAGGCUAGGAUAGUAUCAAGGCUGGGAUGGUUAAGGCUUUGAUGGUAUCUAGGCUACGAUGGUGUCAAUGCCUGGGUGGUAUCAAGGCAAUGAUGGUACCAAGUCCUGGAUGGUAUCAAGACUACGAUGGUAUCAAGGCCUGUGUGGUAUCAAAGCUUGGAUGGUAUCAAAGCUUGGAUGGUAUCAAGGCUUGGAUGGUAUCGCAUUGGCAAUGGUGUUAAUAUACAUUUUUUUUUGACAGUGAGUUGACUGGUUCCUUAUUGUUUCUUCGCUCUGGCGACACUACAGCUACAUAAAAUAUAUAUUUAAAAAAAAAACAACUGUUUUCAUUUAGUAGAUGGACAGAAGCUACUUCAAUGUAACUAUUUUGACAGUCAAUUUUCAUUUUAAAAUAAUGUCAUUGUGCAUGACUUAUUUUUUUCCAUCGAUUUACUUUUUUCAUUUUUUUUUUUCAUGUGUGCCUAAACUUAAAAGUUGUCAGCUUCCUCACCAAGCUAUAAUAGGGUGUGUGAAUUGAUCAAAAAAUGUUCUAGCGAUUGAAUUAGAGAGCCCCCAUCUAAAGAAAACCCAUACCCCUUUAUAGCCUUCACUUCUGCUUCGCUCCACCCCUUUUGAAAAGUUCAGUAGCGCCCUUUUAUCCACCAGACAACUUCCAACCCGCCCCCACUUCUCAACGCCUGAUUCUUCCUUUCAAGGAAUCGUUGUGGGUUUUUGCGUCACCACAACAUUGGUUGAUGUUACAAAGGGGUCAAGUCGUAAAACUUUGAGAACCACUAGGAUAGGAUGGUAUGAUUAAGCUAUUAAUGUUUACACGCCUUCAAAUUGAUGCCUUCGCUACUGGUUCUAUACAUGGCUACUGGCUCUGUACACGGCUACUGGUUCUAUACAAGGAUACUGGUCCUAUACAUGGCCACUGAUCCUAUUCAUUUUUUUUCUUUAUUGUUCGUGGGCGUGGAAAAAAGAUUUGUUGCAUAAUAAAUAGAAGAGACCCCAUUCUUAAAACGUAAUUAUUUUACAAACGCAAAUAUCUGAAAUAGAUACUUCUUUAAAAACAAUCAACAUUUUUUAUUUAAUACUUUCUACACAUACAUUUAUAUGGUAUGAAAAACACGGGUUGUCAAUGAAUGUCCCUUUGACGCAAUAUAUCAACAUGCAAUCAACUUACCGAAGUAAAAAAACAAAAAAUAGAUUUUACAUGUUGUUUGUCUGCGUUGAUAUGAAUUGUAAAGUUAUUACUACUGAUUCGCCCACACAUACACAAGCAAUACUUCGCUGCUGCAGGUAGAUAAAGCAAUAUUCCUUCUGUUAUUAGUCAUACCCAGGUACCAAUGAGUAAUAUCUUUUACUUUGCUGAAAACGCCAAAACUGUUUAUUUAUUUAUUUCAUUUUUUAAAUUUUGUUUGCUAUUUUUUUAUAAUCUCUAAAACAGAUUAUUAAAGUUCAUUUACAUUCUACAUUGUAAACACCAUUGUACACUAUUUCAAACUAGAAUAAACGACCCGUUGUUAUCGGGAUAGUAAUGGUAGGUCCUUUGCGAUAAUUUCUAAAUGAUAUUGCAAAAACUCAUCCCAAUUCAUAACUUUUAAAAUUUAUUGAAAUGUACGUUCCUAUUAUCAUUAAGUUUUGAAAAGUGUUUAUCUGCUAUAUAUGAUACGCGUACCCUACACCCUUUCACGCUCCUAAACUACUUUUCCACCUCUAAACAUGACCUUAAAUUACCCAGUCUAAAUUAUCAACAAUGAUAUCACUUUUGUCACUAAAGAAGUUAAUUGAGGGACAAUUACUACGCUAGAGAAAUACUUUAGAUUUAGCCCUUUUCGUGCCCUUGAAUUAAAACUUUUUUCUCUCAAAAUUAAAAAAAACAAACUAAUCUAAAAUUUACAACAAAAACUCUAUAUAUAAUAUAAAUAUAUAAAUUGUAUUACAGAAACUCGAUAUAUAUUGAUAUCUUCAUCAAAAAUUUAAAUAUGUUUUUGCCUUUUUUUAAAAUUAUGCACUAUCAGAAAAUCGUAAAACAAAGAAUUCUUUUAUCUAAGAAGAGUGUCGCAACUGUUUUUUCACGCCUGUAUCAGAUUUGACUGUCUUAAAAAAAAAUUAAAUUGUUAAUCUCAUAAAAAAUACACUCCUAUUUAGUUUUGGCAAAGUAACAACAACAAUAUAUAUAUUUUUUUUUUUAAAAAGAAAAUAUUAACCCAUCUUCAUUUGUCAAAAUUUAAUUUUCAAGUGUGUAAAAGUGGGUUUUGAUAUUCACGGAUAUACUUAUAUAAACGUACCCAAGAUUUGUUAACGCCAUUGAUUUUCUUAAUUGGUUAACAUAUGUUUAUUUGUAAAAAGAGAAUUUAACAUCUCUUUUUUCACAAAUGUAAUACCAUAGGAUUUAACUAUAUUGUCAUCCACGUAAAAAUGUACACAUCUUAUUUCCUACCUCCGAUCUGUAUUUACACAAGAAGGUUAAUUAUUUAUCAAAUUCAAUCCUCAUUUUUGAGACAUAUCUUGUGCUGCCUGGGGAAAAGUGAUCCCCCCCCCACCCCACCAGAUUUAGAUAAAUUUAGAAAAUCUUCCACCGGAUUGUAGUCCCUUCCAUACCUAAACUAACAUAUUUUGCACUUCAUAUGGUUCGUUCUUAUUUGUAAGAGAUAAAAGUGGAUUAGUCAAUGCUAUUUGGCUAUGGAGUUACGCUGCACUGAUUGACUUAAACCGCAUUUACUUAUUAGAAUUGUAUUUAAAGGUUAGUUUUUAUCACCUUAUAAGUUUAAUAAAAGUAUAUUUUUGGAAUAAAAAAGGCAAAACUUUGUAAAUGUAAAAAUAUACAAAUAAAAAAUGUGUGUGUGUUUUAUUAACAAUUUAAAAAGCAAUCAAUUGUAUUUAUUAAUUUUAUUUUUAAGAAGGGAAAAUACAUAAUUAGUUUUGUCAAGCGUGGUUAUUAAAUUUAAAGAAACCCAAGAGUUUUCGCGAAAUAGGCUAUUCGCGCUAUGACGUCAUUAUUAUUAUUGUGAUUAUUUAGAACAAAUUAAUUUUAAUUUUAUUUCGCAAUAUUAACAACGCAAUAAAAGACGCACUAAAAACGACUGAUGUUUGGGUUUUCCCGAUAAAUAAGAUUACUGUGUAAUUCUUUGUUCAUGAUUUUUUAAUUUUUUAUAUUUUUUUUCAUAACUUUCAAACACAUAUAAAAAGCUUAAAAUAGUUCCUUAGGUGAUACUUUAAAUAUAUUUGUAAUUUAUAAUAAUAUGACUUUAACUUUUAAUAAAAAUAAAAGCGGAUUUAAAAUAUUUUUUUUGCGCAUUUUAAUUUAUUCGAUUUCCGUAAAAUAAUAGAAAAUAACUAUGAUUGUUUUUAGGAAUCCGAACGUACUUAAAUCGUAUAGGCUCUUUGGCGUUAUAUCACUGUAGUUCAUUCUGAUAUAUAUAUAUAUGUCUUACGUUUAAAUCAAACUUCCGUUACAAACAAACUAUCUUUAUAGAUGAACUGUCGUUAUAGACAAACUGUCUUUAUAGACAAACUGUCGUUUUAGACAAACUGUCGUUAUAGAGGAAGUGUCGUUAUAGACAAACUGUCUUUAUAGACGAACUGUCGUUAUUGACAAACCGUCGUUAUAGACAAACUGUCGUUAUAGAGGAAGUAUCGUUAUAGACAAACUGUCGUUAUAGAAAAUCUGUCGUUAUAGAAAAACUGUCGUUAUAGAUAAAAUUUCGUUAUAGACGAACUGUCGUUAUAGAUAAACUGUCGUUAUAGAGAAACUGUCAUUAUAGACAAACUGUCAUUAUAGACCGUUUUUCGCUUUAAACAACUGUCACAUAGAGAAACUUUCGUUAUAGAAAAACUUUCAUUUAGACAAAAUGUCAUCUUGACUAUGAAUAAAUGUUGACACCAUCACGCAGCCUAGCGUGACAAUGCUCACCUCCCUCGACAGACAACCAGAUUUGGUCCUAUCACAUUUGUAAGAAAUCCAGAAACGUCUGAUCAUCCCAACAAAAUGUCUUUGCAAUAUCUGAUAAUUUGAUCCGUUCCUUAGAGGCUGGACAUGUCCAUAUAUUAUAGAUGCGUUAUUCUUAGAUUACAAAUGUCCCCUGUAGUUCGUUAGCUUAAUUUCUUUACAAAUGUCCCGUGUGGCCCGUUAGCUUAUUUCUUUACAAAUGUCCCCUGAGGUCCGUUAGCUUAUUUCUUUACAAAUAUCCCCCGUGUUCCGUUAGCUUAUUUCUUUACAAAUUUCCCUUGUGUUCCGUUAGCUUAUUUCUUUAUAAAUUUCCCCGUGGUCCGUUAACUUAUUUCUUUACAAAUGUCCCUUGUGGUCCGUUAGCUUAUUUCUUUAUUAAUGUUCCCUGUGUUCCGUUAGCUUAUUUCUUUACAAAUGUCCCUUGUGGUCCGUUAGCUUAUUUCUUUAUUAUCGUUCCCUGUGUUCCGUUAGCUUAUUUCUUUACAAAUGUACCUUGUGGUCCGUUAGCUUAUUUCUUUAUACAAACCUCUGAUAAAAGUUAUGGACACCGUGUUCAAUCUAAACGAGUUUCUCUACAUACUACAUACUACAUACUACAUACUACAUACUACUAUACACGUUGACGUUUAAGUAUCGUAUUUCUGGACAUAUAAUGACAUAUUAAAUAUAAGUCCUCACUUAUUCCCAUCAUCCAAUGGGGCCAUGCUUGUGCCGACCAUGCUUGUGCCGACCAUGCUUGUGCCGACCAUGCGUGUUCCGACCAUGCAUGUGCUGACCAUGCUUGUGCCGACCAUGCUUGUGCCGACCAUGCUUGUGUCGACCACUGAGUCUGCAGUGUAAAAUGUCCAGGCUGCGCCUGAUUAAACUGUGCAGUACAGAGGAGGACCUUCAUUCAACAUUGAACAAUAACUCGCUCACAAACUUGAAUUACGGUAGACGUGUGUCGUGGUCUCAAUGCAAAAAGAAACCUGCUCAUUAAGGAGUCGUUCACGCUCAGGGGGUUGGGGGGUUGGGGGGGGGAGGGGGGUUCGAGAAUUUGUAACACUUUGACACAGGGGGAGGGGUGUAUACAAAACAUCACGUUUUUUUUUUUUUUUUAUAAUCUGAAAUUUUCUAAUUUUUAAAAAAAAAAUCUUUUUUUAAUUAAUUUUAAAAAAAUUAAUUUGAUUAAUAUAGAUACAAAAAAAGCAACAAAAAUAAACGUGAUCACGUCACACCACUACUUCAUUGGCUCCCUGUACAAGCACGGAUUGACUACAAACUCUCUGUUCUCUGCCNUUAAAGAAAAAAAUAAAAUCUUACUUUAGUUAUGAAAAUUUUGUAUAUGUUUUGAUUUUUUUUUAGGUGUGACGUGACACGGGAGGGGGGGUGGGGUUAAGAAUUUGUGACACUUCGUGGCAGGGGAAAAAAAAGGGGGGGGGGUGGUCUAAAAAGUUCAUUUUUAGCUUGACGUCAUUUACGACUGACCCCUCAUCUGUAACACCGGGAAGCCUGUUUCAGGACAUGGAUUUUUUAAACGCCAACCGUCUGCUUUAUAAAGAGGAAACAAACACAAAAAUUUUGAAGUAUUUUUCUUUUAUUAUUUAAAUAAAAAGACAUUCAUCUGCUAUACAAAACACCACCAAAAAUACUGGGAGACUGAUAAGUAAAUUUGGGAGUGCCUUUUUUUCUCUUUAUUGGCAUUCCAUCAUCACGGUAUCAAGACGCGCCCUUACUGGCAACAUUCAUCUGUAUGACGGCAACAUACAUUCAUGUGAUGCCAACAUACAGCCACGUGAUGGCAACAUACAGCCACGUGAUGGCAACAUACAGCCACGUGAUGGCAACAUACAGCCUUAACGAAGAUACAAGUCCCUUAAAUUAAAGGCAGGAAGUUGGGUAACUUCUAGGUAACAUAAGAUCGAAGCUGUAAACAUGACACGCAGGAAAUGGCAAAGGUAAAUACGGGACGCCGGAAUUCGAGCACAAUCUGCAUGGCGAUGGUUCGACAUUGCUCAAGUGGUCACAAGAUGGUGCUAACAUUCAAGCAGAACAUUUUGCUAGAGUUGCGUGCUCUUUGAGCAAUGCCAUGCACCCGCCCAUCGCACUCGACUUUGAUCUUAGAAAAGAACCAUAAGCACGAGCGUUGAUUAGUUGAGAGAGAACAGAGUAAAGGCCCCUGGGACCCCCGGAUAAAACAGACACGAUUUUGUCUAUCCAGACUGUUAACGCAUCGGGCCUCGCUGUGAGAGAUUUAUGUCGGACUCGUGCACCGGUCUUUCAUGUUUACACCAAGCUCGUGAGGGCAAGCGAUGACGUCGAUAGGUUAUGAAACAGACGAUAAAAAUAUAACCAUAACAACUGGCUAAGAAAAUAUAUGUUUUAUAAACACUUGCUUGCGACCGACCAUAGAAAAUGAAAUCAAUAUUCGGUUAAGUUGAAAUCAGCAUUCGGUUAAGUUGAAAUCAGCAUUGUGUUAAGUUGAAAUCAGCAUUCCGUUAAGUUGAAAUCAGCAUUCCGUUAAGUUGAAAUCAGCAUUCCGUUAAGUUGAAAUCAGCAUAAUGUUAAGUUGAAAUCAGCAUUCUGUUAAGUUGAAAUCAGCAUUCAGUUAAGUUGAAAUCAGUGUUCGGUUAAGUUGAAAUCAGUGUUCGGUUAAGUUGAAAUCAGUGUUCGGUUAAGUUGAAAUCAGCAUUUGGUUAAGUUGAAAUCAGCAUUCCGUUAAGUUGAAAUCAGUGUUCGGUUAAGUUGAAAUCAGCAUUCGAUUAAGUUGAAAUCAGCAUUGUGUUAAGUUGAAAUCAGCAUUCCGUUCAGUUGAAAUCAGGAUUCCGUUAAGUUGAAAUCAGGAUUCCGUUAAGUUGAAAUCAGUGUUCGUUUAAGUUGAAAUCAGCAUUAUGUUAAGUUUAAAUCAGUGUUCGGUUAAGUUGAAAUCAGUGUUCGGUUAAGUUGAAAUCAGCAUUCCGUUAAGUUGAAAUCAGUGUUCGGUUAAGUUGAAAUCAGCAUUCGUUUAAGUUGAAAUCAGCAUUCGGUUAAGUUGAAAUCAGCAUUAUGUUAAGUUGAAAUCAGCAUUCGGUUAAGUUGAAAUCAGUGUUCAGUUAAGUUGAAAUCAGUGUUUGGUUAAGUUGAAAUAGGUAAUCGGUUAAGUUGAAAUCAGCAUUCGGUUAAGUUGAAAUCAGCAUUUGGUUAAGUUGAUAUCAGCAUUUGGUUAAGUUGAAAUCAGCAUUUGGUUAAGUUGAAAUCAGCAUUUGGUUAAGUUGAAAUCAGUAUUCGGUUAAGUUGAAAUCAGCAUUCGGUUAAGUUGAAAUCAGCAUUAUGUUAAGUUGAAAUCAGCAUUCCGUUAAGUUGAAAUCAGCAUUCGGUUUUUUAAGUUGAAAUCAGUGUUCGGUUAAGUUGAAAUCAGUAUUCAAUUAAGUUUAAAUCAGCAUUUGGUUAAGUUUAAAUCAGCAUUCGGUUAAGUUGAAAUCAAUAUUAUGUUAAGUUGAAAUUAGCAUUCCGUUAAGUUUAAAUCAGCAUUCAGUUAAGUUGAAAUCAGUAAUCAGUUAAGUUGAAAUCAGUAUUCGGUUAAGUUUAAGUCACUGUUUGGUUAAGUUGAAAUCAGUAUUCGGUUAAGUUGAAAUCAGCAUUAUGUUAAGUUGAAAUCAGCAUUCCGUUAAGUUGAAAUCAGUGUUCGGUUAAGUUGAAAUCAGUGUUCGGUUAAGGUGAAAUCAGUAUUCGGUUAAGUUGAAAUCAGCAUGUUGUUAAGUUGAAAUCAGCAUUAUGUUAAGUUGAAAUCAGCAUUCCGUUAAGUUGAAAUCAGCAUUCGGUUAAGUUGAAAUCAGUGUUCGGUUAAGUUGAAAUCAGCAUUCGGUUAAGUUUAAAUAAGCAUUUGGUUAAGUUGAAAUCAGUAUUCGGUUAAGUUCAAAUCAGUAAUCAGUUAAGUUGAAAUCAGCAUUCGGUUAAGUUGAAAUCAGCAUUUGGUUAAGUUGAUAUCAGCAUUUGGUUAAGUUGAAAUCAGCAUUUGGUUAAGUUGAAAUCAGCAUUCGUUUAAGUUGAAAUCAGCAUUUGGUUAAGUUGAAAUCAGCAUUUGGUUGAGUUAAAUCAGUAUUCGGUUACGUUCCACAUAAAGUCCCAUCUCUGGUCAGUGUACACCGUAAAGCGAGAAUGUCCAGCUGUUUUUAAGGUAAUUUUAUUUCAAAAUGUUACUGUAGAAAAGUGUUUAGUGUAUUGAUAGCUCUUGCCACGCGGCACACGAAGCGGUCAUCUGGCAUUGUUUAGGCAAAUGUAAACAUACUCCUAAAUCAUGCCAAAUUAUAAUCAAGCUAGGAUGCCGAGGAAUUGUUACAUUAGUUAGGAAUUUCUACCCACAUGUUUAACUGUAAGACUACGAAUCCAUUAUUAAACAAUAUGGUUCUUAAUACCGAAAAGAAGAAUUGUAAAACACGUUGAUUUGAUUUUAUGCUGAUCGUAUCUCGACUGUCCACUGUCCAGUGGUCGGCAAACUCAUCAGUCAAAAGAGCCAAAAAAUCAGAAAUAAGGACGAUUAAAAAAUUUAUGAGAGCCAAAUUUCUCGUCAAGGACCUGUCAAGAACCUGUCAAGAACCUGUCAAGAACCAUGUCUUUCGGAGUCAAACCCGAUUUGAGCCGCACUCAGGCCGCUAAAGAGCCGCAUGCGGCUCGCGAGCCACGAUUUUCCUACCACUGAUCUAUUCAAAAUAGGCAAACCAUUGACAUGUCAGUUUUAAUUUUCUCUCAUCAUAUAAGCUGCAUGGUCUCUAGUUCAUUGACAGCUCCACGUUUCCCUUUCUCUCCCCAUGUUGAAUAAGGAAACUAGUAGGAAGAAUGCGUUCGCACUGUUUUAAGGGGGAUGUUUAGAGCACGAAAUCGAGAAAAUAUGAAGGGAAAAGACGGAUAACGGAUGAAUCGGCUAGAAGCCUUCUCCAGGGAGCAACAACAAGAACGAACAAAACAAAAAAAGAAAGAGAGAGAGAGACAGAGACAGAGAAAGAAAGAGAGAGAGUGAGAGAGAAAAAAAGAGACAGAGAGAGGGAGAGCGUGAGAGAGAGAUAAAGAAAGAGAGAGAGACGGAGAGAGGGAAAGAAAGAGAGAGAGACAGAGAAAGAGAGAGACAGAGAAAGAAAGAGAAAGAGAGACAGAGAGAGAAGGAAAGAGAGAGAGAGAGAGAAAGAAAGAGAGAGAAAGAAAGAUACUGAGAGAGAGACAGAGAAGGGAAAGAAAGAGAGACAGACAGAGAGGGAGAAAGAGAGAGAUAGAGAGAGAAAAGAGAGAGAGACAGAGUAAGAAAGAAAGAGAGAGAUAGAGAGGGAAAGAGAGAUAGAGAGAGAGAGCGACAGAGAGAGAGAUAAAAGCGAGAGAGACAGAGAGUGAGAAAGAAAGAUAGAGAGAGACACAGAGGGAGAGAAAGAAAGAUAGAGAGAGACACAGAGGGAGAGAAAGAAAGACAGAGAGAGAGAGAAAGAAAGAGAGAUAGAGAGAGAGUGAGAGAGAGAGAGAGAUAAAUAGACAAGGAGCUGAGAAGAAGUUUAUUUCCCAAUCAAUAUGUUAGAAGUUCUUGGUCAUAUUGCGUAGGAGACUGUUGCCUCCAUUGCGCUCCCAAUAUCCGUUCUUGUCUUCAAUAUAAUCGAUUACAGUUGUACAGCGAUGCCGCCUUGCCGAUAUUUACAUUGCGUAAUGCAAGGAAUAUUCUCAACCAUUUGUUGUGAUGAAAGGUUAUUAAAGGAAUAAAUUGUGCAUAAUUUAUUACGUUUCAAUUUUGUUCUGUCCGCGAUGUCAUGAAAACACUUGCAGCGUGAAUAUGAUCUGAUAUCCAUGGCAUGUAUUAUUACUGAUUACAUGCAACGUGGAUAUAAUCUGAUAUCCAUGGCAUGUAUUAUUACUGAUUACAUGCAACGUGAAUAUAAUCUGAUAUCGUGGCAUGUAUUAUUACUGAUUACUGCGGCAUUUGGGUACAACACCUACGUGUGUGAUUUUUCUAUGACAGUGAAUGCUACACAUUCUGGCAGGCAAAGUCCUUAGAAUCAAUCCCUAUAUAAGAACGCUUUAUGACAGGCCUGCAAAACUCAAAAUGUACGGCGAGCCGUAAUACUUCAUGAAAAAUUUGUGCGGACCAAAAGAAAACAAGACAGGGGGGAAAGCUAUUAAUAAAAUAAUAAGAAUAAAGAAUAUUUCGAUCUUUCGAGGACCGCAAAGUGGGUGCUGGCGGGCCGAAUGCUGUGCAGGCCCGCUUUAUGCCCAUCCCGUGUCUUGCAAGUCGAUGGUAUUAUUUCCUGGAGCCGCACGCAAAAGUUCACGCACGACCUUUAGGGCCCCACGGAGCACAAGUUGGGAACUGGUGUUAUGUGGUAUAAGUGUAUGAUUUUGGGGUAAAUAAUCGAGAAUAAUUUUUAGGUAUCUUUGGGUGUAAUAUUUGAGUGUAAUAUUGUUUAUGAUAUAUGUGAAAGAAAUAUGUGUACGGAUAUUUGUGUAUGCCUUUGGUGAAUUAUAUUUCUGUUUAACAUAUAUUUGUGUAUGUUUGUGAAUGAUAUUUCUAUUUAACAUAAUGGUGGAUAUUUUUAAUGAUAUUUCUGUAUAACAUAAUAAUAUAUUUGUGAAUAUAUCGUUAAUGAUAUGUCUGUAGAACAUAUAUUUGUGAAUGCUAUUUGUUUAGAUUAUUUUGACGCGCAUACGGCAUUUUUUUUAUUAUACAAAUGGAAUAUUUGUGUAUAAUACUUGUGUAAGAUUUAUCAUUAUGAUAUUUGUGUAAGAUACCUGGUCAUGAUAUUUGUGUGUGAUAUCGGAUCAAUUUAUUUAUGUUUUAUAUUGAUCUACUGUCGGUAGAUGGGAUGACCAGAAAGCUUUAUACCUGGCUGCGACAGGGCAAUGAUGCUAGUGUUUAGCCUGAGGGAUUGCUAGAUCCUUGCCCUACAAAUGUUGGUGUUUUACAGGUUCUCUUGAUUUUCUAGAGGUUCUCAAAAUCCUGUUACCAUACGAAUAAAUCAAAAUGUUUUCAUUUUUAAAUAUUCAAAAGGUAACUAAAUUAUUAUUAUUAUUUAAAUCUCUUUAUAGAAACAUUCUUUUUUUUUUUUUUUCAAUAUUGAAAUAGACUGACAAUAAAAUUUAAGAUGAGUUUUUGGUAAUGGUAUGGAAUGAGCGAUACAAAAAAUAGUAAAUGUUUUAUCUGAAUGGUUACUUUUCAAUAUUAUUACAAAGCCUUAAGACUGAACAAGCAAAUGUAGAACUUUGUUCCUACAACUUAUAAUCUUAAUUUAAUAAAUACAUUUUUACGUAGGAUGCUGAGCGUCUUCUAUCACAAGUAUUUGCGAGAUCACGCAUUUUAAAUGGGUUUAGGUUAAAAACGUGGAUUUUGAUUUAUCCAAAAUAUAAAAGACAAAAAUCUACUUAGUUGUAAGCAGGUUUAAGGUUGCAGGAGGACACACACAUGCAUCUAUUUGUUUCAUCGCCGUUUCAAAAUUUGAUCAUAGCAAAUACACCAAGGUUUGAGAACCACGAACGCGUAGCAUUCUCCUGGUGAAUGGGUGGGUUGGGGGGGGGUGGAAUGGAGGAAGGUCACAGAAUAGAUCAUAUGGCGCUUUAGAUGUGAACAGACGAUGAUUGGUGGAUGCUAUCAAAAAGUGUCGGAGCCAGAGUUAGAGAGGAGUGAGCGGGACAAGAGUUAGAGUGAGGGAAACAGAUCUGCAGAGAGGGAACCAGAGUCAGAUAUAUGGAACCAGAGCUAGAGCUAGGAACCAGAGUUAAAGAGCAGGAAACCGGGUAAGAGAAAAGCACCGAAUUUAUAGGAAUGAGGGGAACAGAGUUUUAAAGAGACAUUGGGGGAACACUAGGUAGAGAGAGGAGACCAGUGUGAGAGAUAGGGAACAAGAGUUCCAUUGGGAGCGAGGGAACCAGCGUUAGAGAUAUGGAACUAGACUUAGAACGAGAAACCAGAGUUAAAGAGAAGGAAACCGAGUAAGAGAAAGGAACACGAUUUAAAGGGAUGAAGGGACCAGAGUUAUAAAGAGACAUUGAGGGAACCAUAAUUGGAGAGAGAGUGAGCCUAAGUUUGAGAGAGGGCGUGAUGGAACCAAAGAAUUGGAAAGAGUGAACCACAGCUCAGAAUUAAGGAAUAAGAGUUAGAGAGAGGGAAAUAGAGUUAGGGUGAGGUUGGGGUGAGUACACCAGAGAGAAGGAACACACUAAAGAUUGUCGUCAGGGUCUAUUAUAUUGGAAGAAACUGUGUGUAUUUGAGGGAGGGGGGGUCUCGGGGGGGGGAGGAUUAACAGUUAUAUUUUCAAUUAUCAAAGACAGAAUUUAUAAGCAGACGUAAGCCUGACCUCGAUGCAAAAAAAAAAUAAAAUAAAGUGGGGGGGGGGACGUAGCUAGGGUAGAGAAUUUUCCCUCCCACAGUGAUAUGAAAACAGUUGGCCGAAACCGAACAUUCCCCCAACCCCCCAAUCUCCCCAUAGAUAGAAAAGAGUACCACCCGAGGCGGACUACCCCCCCCCCCUUUUCCCUCGCCACUGUAAGGAUGAGCUAAUAUUAAUCACUUAUAAUUAUUUAAGACAUGAAAGUACAGGAAAAAAAAAACACGGGAAUUUCACGCUUUUAUGCCCCUCCCCACACACUGACGCACACACUGACAUACACACUGACACACACAUCCACACACAGACACACACCGACACAUAGAAACACACAGACACACAUGACACUGAUAAACGCAGACAUACACAUACCCAUAAAGACACAUAUAAACACACACUGACACACACAGACACAUGCAAUUUCAAAACAAAGAAAUACACAAUUGAUAAACAUUAAUUAUUUAGCUUAGUUUAGCUAAAUCCGAAUAUUGCAUCAUGAAAAAAUAUUUACUUUAUCUUUUUUUUUUUCUUCUAAUCAUUACAAUUCAUUUCAGUUUUUGUUACAGUCUCCAAUUAGUCAUCCUAGUAAUGUGUCUGUGGUUUUUUUUUUUUAGGGUUUUUUGUCUGUUCAUGGUCAUGUCUAUACUACCGGUACAUGAAAACACUAAUUUUGUUAUGUUCCUAUUGUUACGUACUGCUAUCUAUGCGGAGAAAUUAAACUCUUAUUUAAUAAGAUGGCUCGUUCUUAAACAGAACACAACUAAUGACGAUACCAUAAAUUAAGUACAAUUAAAAAUAAUACGACACACAAACCAGGGCUAAUUACAAUUAAUAAGUUUUAUUAAGUUAAUAAUAAAGUACAAAAGUCAAAAAGAAAUAUAAUUUAAUAUCAUUAACUUACACAGAACUCUUUUGCUUGUAUCUGUACACAGUUGAUGAUAAUACAAUGUGCCAAAAAAGGUAGAACGAUGAAUAGGAAUUCACACAUAUAAGUAAACAAAACUCAAGCAAGAAUAAUACACUCUAAAAAUAACUCUCGCCUAUCGUCCCGUAAAGUAAAAAUAUCUCGUGAUAAAUGUUCCCUCAUAAAUCGAUCGCGUCCCUUUUUAUAGUCUGCUCUACUGAUGCAUCUGGAUCCGCCUUACGCAUUGUUUACUUUCCAGUUUACUCCAGAUUCUUCUGCAAAAUUCUAAUAGAAAAGCUAUUAAUUUUAUUUAGGUCAAGAGAUUAUUUUUAGCUAGCCACACCUUAAGUGCGGUUUCGAGCUUGCUAGAGUUCAUGACGUAAACACGUCGUCUACAUAGCAAUAUACUUUCAAAAGUUACAAAAAUCUAGUUUACGCGGUUCAAAUUUUGUAUGAGGUAAUAUCUUAUUCGUACUUUUCUUGAUAUAACGAUCAUAUAUAGUGAAAGUGUUGAAAUUCUGUAGAGGUUACUACAUGAUUUUAUUGAAGAUGUCGUUUAGAAAACUCAACAGUAACCAGAAGUUUAGUGUUGAGAAGUCACUUAGAAAACUCAUUAAUAACCAGAAGUUACGUGUUUUAGAUGUCAUUUAGAAAACUCAACAAUAACGAGAAGUAUAGCGUUUUAGAUGUCAUUUAGAAAACUCAACAAUAACCAGAAGUUUAGUGUUUUAGAUGUCAUUUACAAAACUCAACAAUAACUAGAAGUAAAGUGUUUUAGAUGUUAUUUCGAAAACUCAACAAUAACCAGAAGUUUAUUGUUUUAGAUGUCAUUUAGAAAACUCAACAAUAAUUAGAAGUUAAGUGUUUUAGAUGUAAUUUAGCAAACUCAACAAUACCAGAAGUUUAGUGUUUUAGAUGUCAUUUAGAAAACUCAACAAUAACCAGAAAUUAAGUGUUUUAGAUGUCAUUUAGAAAACUCAAUAACCAGAAGAUUGGCGUUUUAGAUUUAAUUUAGAAAACUCAACAAUAACAAGAAGCUUAGUGUUUUAGAUGUCAUUUAGAAAACUCAACAAUAACCAGAAAUUAAGUGUUUUAGAUGUCAUUUAGAAAACUCAACAAUAACCAGAAGUUUAGCGUUUUAAAUGCCAUUUACAAAACUCAACAAUAACCAGAAAUUAAGUGUUUUAGAUGUCAUUUGGAAAACUCAACAAUAACCAGAAGUUUAGCGUUUUAAAUGUCAUUUUGAAAACUCAACAAUAACCAGAAGUUUAGUGUUUUAGAUGUCAUUUAGAAAACUCAACAAUAACCAGAAGUUAAGCAUUUUAGAUGUCAUUUAGAAAACUCAACAAUAAGCAGAAGUUUAGCGUUUUAGAUGUCAUUUAGAAAACUCACAAUAACCAGAAGUUUAGUGUUUUAGAUGUCAUUUAGAAAACUCAACAAUAACCAGAAAUUAAGUGUUUUAGAUGUCAUUUAGAAAACUCAACAAUAACCAGAAGUUUAGCGUUUUAGAUGUCAUUUAGAAAACUCAACAAUAACCAGAAAUUAAGUGUUUUAGAUGUCAUUUGGAAAACUCAACAAUAACCAGAAGUUUAGCGUUUUAAAUGUCAUUUAGAAAACUCAACAAUAACCAGAAGUUUAGUGUUUUAGAUGUCAUUUAGAAAACUCAACAAUAACCAGAAGUUAAGCAUUUUAGAUGUCAUUUGGAAAACUCAACAAUAACCAGAAGUUAAGUGUUUUAGAUGUCAUUUAGAAAACUCACAAUAACCAGAAGUUUAGUGUUUUAGAUGUCAUUUAUAAAACUCAACAAUAACCAGAAAUUAAGUGUUUUAGAUGUCAUUUAGAAAACUCAACAAUAACCAGAAGUUAAGCCUUUUAGAUUUCAUUUAGAAAACUCAACAAUAACCAGAAGUUUAGCGUUUUAUAUGUCAUUUACAAAACUCAACAAUAACCGGAAGUUUAAAGUUUUAGAUGUCAUUUAUAAAACUCAACAAUAACCAGAAAUUAAGCCUCUUAGAUGUCAUUUAGAAAACUCAACAAUAACCAGAAGAUUGGCGUUUUAGAUUUAAUUUAGAAAACUCAACAAUAACCAGAAGUUUAGCGUUUUAGAUGUCAUUUAGAAAACUCAACAAUAACCAGAAGUUUAGUGUUUUAGAUGUCAUUUAGAAAACUCAACAAUAACCAGAAGUUUAGUGUUUUAGAUGUCAUUUAGAAAACUCAACAAUAACCAGAAGUUUAGCGUUUUAGAUGUCAUUUAGAAAACUCAACAAUAACCAGAAGUUUAGCGUUUUAGAUGUCAUUUAGAAAACUCAACAAUAACCAGAAGUUUAGUGUUUUAGAUGUCAUUUAGAAAACUCAACAAUAACCAGAAAUUAAGUGUUUAUAUGUAUAUUUAGAAAACACAACAAUAACCAGAAGUUUAGCGUUUUAAAUGUCAUUUAGAAAAUUCAACAAUAACAAGAAGUUAAGUGUUUUAGAUUUAAUUUAGAAAACUCAACAAUAACCAGAAGUUAAGUGUUUUAGAUGUCAUUUAGAAAACUCAACAAUAACCAGAAGUUAAGCAUUUUAGAUGUCAUUUAGAAAACUCAACAAUAACCAGAAGUUUAGCGUUUUAGAUGUCAUUUAGAAAACUCACAAUAACCAGAAGUUUAGUGUUUUAGAUGUCAUUUAGAAAACUCAACAAAAACCAGAAAUUAAGUGUUUUAGAUGUCAUUUAGAAAACUCAACAAUAACCAGAAGUUUAGCGUUUUAGAUGUCAAUUAGAAAACUCAACAAUAACCAGAAGUUUAGUGUUUUAGAUGUCAUUUAGAAAACUCAUAAAUAAAAAUAAAAAUUAUAAAUGUCAAAGUUCAAAUGUCAAUACCGGUCGUAGCAGUCUGAAAUUGUCUUAGAUUUACACAAUCUGAGGUUGUCAAUACGGGUUAUGACAGAAUGAUGUUGUCUAUGCACGUUAUGACAGUUGACAUUGUCUUAGAGCAGGCCUGCACAACUCAAAAUGUAAGGCGGGCCGUAAUAUACUUUAUGAAAAACUUGUGCGGGCCAAAAGAAAACAGGACGUUGGGGGUGGGGGGGGGUAGCUUUUAAGAAAAUAAUAAAGAAUAUUUUGUUACUUCGCGGGCCGCAAAGUGGAUGCUGGUGGGCAGCAUUCGGCCCGCGGGCCUUAUGAUGUGCAAGCCUGUCUUAGAGUCAUAUAAUCAAGUGUUGUCAAUACAGUUUGUGACAGUCUGACGUUUUCAGUAUGCAUUAUGACAGUCUGACAUUGUCUUAGAGUAAUACAAUCAAGUGUUGUCAGUACAGGUUAUGAUAGUUUAACGUUGUAAAUAUGCGUCAUGGCAGUCUGACAUUGUCUUAGAGCUAUACAAACAAAGUUCGUCCAUUCUUAUUACGAUGAGUUUCUGUCCAACGAAAACGCAUCUCAUGCACAGACAAGUCUGAUGAUUAUGUUGAUGUAUGGCGUCUAGCCAGCAGCAGCAGCAGCAGCAGGCUCCCCCAAAUACAUCGACAAGCCAUUUGAUAACCUACUGCCCGUAGCCCAUGCCUGGGUGAAAUAUAUUUGAAUACAGUGUUGUGAUCUCCACCAGCCUAAACAAAGUCGAUACGUCUUCGACAAAUACAGUUUUCUUCUGGUAUGGCUGCUUCCUUUCCGCAACCGGCCCUCACCCCUGCAAAACAUGUUUUAUAUUAAUAAUAGGACUGAGUGUGUGGGGAAAAAGAAGGGGGGCGGUGAAGCUGUCAAGCAGCAAGCGCCAUGGGUGACCGUUGAACUCAGUUAAAAAUGUUGAUUUUCUCUUCGGAUGCGACUAUUAUACUAAUCAAUAAAGAGCCACGGGUAUGGUGUAGGACUGUCUGUAAUGAGGCUAACUUACCGUUAUGGUGUAGGAAUGUCUGUAAUGAGGCUAACUUACGGGUAUGGUGUAGGACUGUCUGUAAUGAGGCUAACUUACAGGUAUGGUGUAGGACUGUCUGUAAUGAGGCUAACUUACAGGUAUGGUGUAGGACUGUCUGUAAUGAGGCUAACUUUUCUUCCCUUUUUUUUUUUUUUUUUUUUUUUUUUUGGUAACACUUAGACUAGGGUGACCAAUCGUUAAGUAAUGUCGCUUUUUUUCCCGAUCGUACCCGGUGUCCCGAAAAAGUCUCUCGGGGCGCCUAAAUGUCCCGUUUCUAAAACCAAACACAUUUUCACCUAUUAGAUAAGAAAUGGGUUUUAACAAUGGCUGAGACAAAAGCCAGAUAUCCUCAAUUUAAAUCCAAGACUAGAGAAAUUAAAUUAUUUGAGUUGUAUUAUGUUGUAAAAUAUGUAUAAAUAAAUGAGUAUUCACUGCAAAAUUAGUGUUUUCGUUUAUUGCCUCAGAAUUAAACUUAAAUUAAAAAAGUGAAGAUCAAUUAAACAUAUUUCUAGGUCUCAAAAUAGUUAAAAUGAGCAUAUUUCAAUGAAAAUUUUCUGGCGGAGACCCCCGGGCCCCUCUUUAGCUGUAUGGCAUCCCCCUAAACCCUCCUUGAGUGUGCGCCAUUUUUUCUAGUUCAUGAUUUGAUCACCCUAACUUAGACCCACCAGGUAUUUUCUUAAUAUCAGGACCCGGUUAAAAAAAUUUUAAGCCCUAGUUCAAUAUAUUUCAGAACUUAUGGAAGAUUGCCAAAUUCAGUUUUUGUGGAUGUGUGUUAAUUACGAGCCUCUUGUAUAAAUAUUUAUUGUUUUUUAUAGAAGCGUAUAUUUGGUUAUAAACCAAGUUUUCUAGACCAAGGGAGACAAGACGUAAUGGCGUAAGAACGUUAACUCGUGUCUUCUAUGCUAAGCAAAUAUCGGGAAUGCUUGAAUAAAUUUAAUUACCUCAAGCUGUCAUUUUAUGGAAAGCCACAAAUAUUUAUUCGCCACCUCCCGGCGCAGAUCAGAGGUUCUCCCCUCAUUAUGAGGGAUACAAAUCAAACAAACAUUUUUCUUCUUCGUGUUAAAAAUUUAAAAAAAAGUUAACCUUGAUUUCCUGUUUAAUGUCUCUUAAGAUUUCUCCCAAGCUGAUAUCUUAGAUGGCCGGCCUUUAAGAGUUCAUUGUAGUUAAUAGUGACAUCAUUAAUAUCAGAAUGUCAAGACAGAAAAGUGUUUGAGAACUAUCACAGCAUUCUGUCACACAUUUGAUUUCGUCCAUUUCAUUAUUUUCUUUUCGUUUUGCUUGGGCUUUUUUUCAAUUUUUAAUCGUGUUCAAGAGUUUGAAGAAAUUAAGCCUUUUGGCAAUAAAGGAAUGAUUACAUCACCAAGAGACACAGAAUGCAAGACGCGUGCUCUUGUUUCCGUUGAAAAUGUUAUUUAACUUGAUCUGUCUUCAUUGUAUCUUUACUAUCUUGGGCCACAGAAGACGUACACGCCUUGCAUAUCUCUUUAUUUUUCAGCAAUUAUGCAACUUAAAUAUUCUCUAUAGUCCACAAAUCAACUAUGUCACCAUAACAUUUCUCUGUAAUCCAAAAAUCCGGUAAAACCUAUGCAGUGGCGUAGCGAGGGUGUUUGGCGCCCCUAACUAGCUGGCGCCCGGGGAAUCUGUCCCCCCUGCCCCCACCACCCUACGCCUCUGAACCUAUGACUUCCUUGAUAGGCCGAAGAUGAACUAUAAACCAUGAUAUUUUUUUUCCUGCAAACAUGAAACCAGCCAAGAGACUCUACUUUCUCAAAUAACUAAGUACUAAGUAUAAAACAAUGACAUUCACUUUAAAUCAAAGAUCAGCAGAACAAACCAAGACAUUCUGUAACCCCCCCAAACAACAACAAAGUGACUCCUGUAAAACAUGAACGUUUUUCCAACACCAAUCCAGGGGCGUAUCGGAAUCUCUGUGUGAUACACUGCAUUUCAGAAGGUCAUUCAUCACAUGCUGCCUCAUAUCGAUCUCGACAGACAAUAUCGUCGGCGGUUAGGAGAGCAAGUUGUCACCCAUCAGACGAUAUGAAAAAAAAAGUAUCAAAAUUUACGAGGCAGGAUUAUUGAAAUUAAAUCUUCUGCCAUAUUUGCACAGACUCAGUGCAGGAGUUAGGCUCUGUGCAGGAGUUAAGCGGCAAAUGCCCGCACAGUUUAUGGUUACACGUGUGACCGAGGCUUAUUUCCCCUGGCCGAGCCACGGCGCACAGGAAAAGUCCAUUAUUCAUUAGCGCCCUGACCUAAGUACCUCUGCGGCGUCUCGCGGCGACAUCAAUACACAAUCUCAUUAAACUCGUCCUUUCACCAACAGUGUCCGGACGGACAGAUGGCCACCCGGCGAGACACAUUAUUUCCGCUUUCUCGGAGAUCUGUUGAGAAUAGAAUCUAACAGGGAGAGGUAGACGUGUCUUGAGAAGGUGGAUACAGUCAAAACGCGGCGGUAAAUGAUCACUAGUUCAAGUAAAUAAUCCUUUAAUUUCACAAUGAGCGGUUUCAACUCAUUGAAGUCCUGACCAUUUAGAAAGGCCACCUUGUUAAAAAGAUUUGUUCGCAAAGAUACUAAAAUGAAAAAUAGAGAAAAGAAAAAUAUUUAAAAAAAAAAAAAGAAAAAGAAAAAUUGAGGCACUAUCGCCAGCCUAUUUGCGGUGAGGUGUUUGAAAAUAAGGUUCUGAUUAGAAACUUCAAGUCAUUUUUAAAACAAAAAUGAAAGGCAGUUUGUAUUCAGGUUCUGAAAAACUGCAUUUCUUUUCACAACUUUAGCGAAUGAGUCAUAAAAGUGGACACAUGUAGUGUACUUUCGUCGUUCAGCUUCUGAUGUUGAGCAUUUGAUUUUCAACUUUUGAUGUUUAGCUCUUCAUUUAAAAAAAAAAAUUUGAUGCUUAAAUUCUGAUAUUUAUUUAUUUAUUUAUCUAUUUAGGCAUUUUUAUAUAGCGCUUACCGUAAAGCUCUAAGCGCUUUACAAUUAUUAAAAACAUGUAAACUAAGUAAAAUAAAAAUGAAAAACCAGAGACACUAGGAUAGUAACUACUAUACUAUAGAAACAAUGAAAAUGGCUAUAAACGAUUACACUUUGGCACGUUUUGGCCUAUACUACAGGAUCAACCCGAGACAGAAAAUGAGGCAGGGCAAGGAGGGUGCAUCACAGGUCAUAGGCGGACCUAAACAGAUGGGUUUUAAGGGACUUUUUGAAAGUGGAUUUUGGCACGUUUUGGCCUAUACUACAGGAUCAACCCGAGACAGAAAAUGAGGCAGGGCAAGGAGGGUGCAUCACAGGUCAUAGGCGGACCUAAACAGAUGGGUUUUAAGGGACUUUUUGAAAGUGGACGAGGUUUCACAAUAACGGAUGUGGAAGGGGAGCUGGUUCCAGAACGUGGGCGCACGGAAGUAGAAGGAGCGUUCACCGAUGGUCUUAGUUUUGGUUCUUGGGAUUGAGAGGGUUUUAUUGUCAAUUGAAGAGCUGCAGUUGUCUUGUGGGGAUGUAAGGAGGCAACAGUUCAGAGAAGUAGACAGGAAAGUGAGGGUCAGUGAACGAGUUGAAGCAUAGAUUGGCAGACUUGUACUUGAUGCGAGAGGAUAUUGGAAGCCAGUGGAGUUGCCGCAUGUGUGUUUGAAUGUGGUCAUGUUUCUUUGAUUUAAAAAUUAGUCUGCAUGCUGAGUUCUGUGCCUUCUGAAGUUUGUCUAUGUGGUGUUGAGGAAUGCCUGCAAGAAGAGUGUUACAGUAGUCAAAUUUUGAAAGAAUGAGUGAAGAGACGAGAGUUUUUGUGGCAUCAAAGGAGAGGAGGUGUCAAAUGGUGCUGAUUUUUCUAAUUUCGUUGUAUGCUGAUCUGCAUAUAUUCGUGACAUGUUUGUCCAUGGAGAGUGUGUCUGUAAGCGUGACUCCAAGGUUUCUGGCAGAGGGAGAGAGUGUGAUGUCAGAGUUGCCAAUAUAUAUAGAAGAAGGAGCGAAUGGAGAGUGGAUGAGAAGGAUUUCCGUUUUAUCAUCAUUUAGCUUCAGUUUGUUGCAUGUCAUCCAACGCUUUACGUCAUCCACGCACUCCUGUAUGCGAAUUAUUGUGGCAUCAAGUUGAUCAGGAAAACAAGAGUCACUGAUUUGAGUGUCAUCAGCAAAGGAUUGACUGGAAACUGAGUGGUGACUAAUGAGAAAUAAUAGAGGUUUAGUGUAGAGGAUGAAAGGGACCGACCCAAGGACCGAUCCUUGAGGAAAUCCAAUAGACAGGGCUGAAGGUUUGGAAGAGCGGUUGGAAAUAUAGACUGUUUGAGUUCUGUCAGAAAGAUAUGAUUGAAACCAGUUUAAAGCUGAGCCAGUAAGUCCGAAAGAAAGAUGAAGGCGGUCAAGAAGAAUCUGGUGGUCAAUGGUAUCAAAUGCAGCAGAGAGUAGACUGUUUGAGUUCUGUCAGAAAGAUAUGAUUGAAACCAGUUUAAAGCUGAGCCAGUAAGUCCGAAAGAAAGAUGAAGGCGGUCAAGAAGAAUCUGGUGGUCAAUGGUAUCAAAUGCAGCAGAGAGAUCUAACAGAGUGAGAAUAGACAGUUUGCCAUCGUCCAUCGCGCAGGAGGUCGCUCAUGACUCGGACCAGUGCUGUUUCUGUGCUAUGACCAAGUCGGUAGGCGGACUGAGAGGAAGGAUAGAGAUUGCGAGAGUGAAGAUAGUCAGAGAGCUGAGAGAGUAUUUAACUUUUGCUGUUGAGUCCUUUAUUUUUAAAAAAAAUUCUAAUGUUUAAAAUUUGAUGUUAAACCUUUGAUUUUUAGCUAUUGGUUUUACAAAAUUCUGAUGUUUAACUUUGGGUGUUUAACUUUCAGGAGACCACGAGAAACGUCUCAUCUACGAUCUGUUUGAGAAGAACGGCUACAACCCUCUCAUCAGGCCAGUGGUCAACACGAACGAUACCCUGGACAUCCAGUUUAACCUGGCCUUGAGUCAGAUCAUCAAUGUGGUCAGUUGUCCUAAUCUGGACUUAGAUUUAAUUUUCACUGUCCAUUUCUGGCUUCAUCCAUGGGGGUGGAGUUAUUUACACAAUCAACCGUUUCAUUGUUUUGAUCACUAUAAAUAGGUUAAUAUAUUAAUGACUUCAAUAUUUUGACAAUUAUUAAAUUAUUUUUUAUCAACUUUGCUUUUGUUGAUGGCUGGUAAAAAUCUUCGGCUAAUUGAGCCACUUACCGUCAACCUAUCUAGCUGAAAAUCGACACACAAUCUCGUUGACAACACUUUCUAUCAAAUUUUUAGCCCCAGCCAACGCCAACCCCCCCCCCCCCCCCCCCCCCCCCCAAAAAAAAAAAAAACAGUUUCUCCUGUUUUCAAGGGGAAGAUGACGGAAAUAUAACGACACUGAUUUCACGAAAUUAAAUUCCCGAUAACUACGCUAAAUGAGAUUUUUUUUUUUUCAAUAUUGCAAGCGCCUUUGGUGCAUAAUAUUUUUUUUUUUUCCUGAAAUAGUUGGUGAAAUGAAUGUGCCGUGUAAAAGCACGUAAGACCGAGCCUUGGAAAAAAGGGGGGUGGGGAGAGAGAGAGAGAGAGAGAGACAGAGAGACAGAGAGACAGAGAGAGAGACAGAGACAGAGAGAGACAGAGACAGAGAGAGAGAGACAGAGACAGAGAGAGUGAGAGAGAGACAGAGAGAGAGACAGAGAGAGAGAUAGAGAGAGAGAGAGACAGACAGAGAGACAGACAGAGAGACAGAGACAGAGAGAGAGAGAGACAGAGAGAGAGACAGAGAGAGAGAGACAGAGAGAGAGAGAGAGCAGAGCAGAGCAGAGCUCUCAUUGGAAUUCUUAUGAAAUGCGUUACUUAAAUUCAUUUGUCCAAUUUUAAGCCCCACCCCCAAGUGCUCAUUAUUACAUUUUCUAAGUGAUGUAUACGGGUUUGUUUAAUUCGAGGUUGUUUAAUUUUAAUUGUUUAAUUUUUUGUGUUGAAUAUUCAUAACAAUAUUUAAUAUUCUUGAACACACUCGAUGUAUCGUGGUAAAACCAGACAUGACAAUUGAGACUGUAUCGUAUUCACUUUUUCACUUAGAGCCCUAUUAAGACAUUUAACUUUUUCCUGCAGGAUGAAGUCAACCAAGUGAUGAAGACGAACGUGUGGUUACAAAUUGUAAGUUGAUUCAAUUAUUGUCCCACUCCCGCGCUCACCAUGAUAUACCCCACGCCCACGCUCACCAUGACAUACUCCAAAUGUGGAUGAUCUAAGUUAUUCUGAAACUGUAUCUCCAUAACAACCGUCGUCACUAGGUCCUUGAGUAUCACAGCGCCAAUAAUUAGAAAUAGUGUAUAAUGUAUGCAUCUUUUCAUCAAAUUUAGUCAAUGUCUGACCCCUUAUCUGAAAUAGACUAAAUACUUUUUGUAGUAAACAUUGUUAAAAAGGAGAAGGCUCAUUAUAUAGUAAACAUUGUUAAAAAGGAGAAGGCUCAGAGUAUAGUAAACAAUGUUAUAAUAGAGAGAGCACAUUGUAGAGUAAACUUUGUUAUAAUUUAGACGAUUAAUCAGUCAGAAAAAGAAAAUUGGUGGGGAAAGAAACAACCUAGAAAUCAGUGAAGCGCCUGGGAAAGCCUCCAAGUUAUGAGAAAAAGACAUUUGCAUUUAUUUUUUCUUUAAAUUUCAGAACAAAUGGAAGAAGAGUAAUGAGUUUUCUCUCAGCUAAAGAUAUUUUUUUAUCUUGAAUGGAUCUGUGUAUUUUGUGUUUGAUGUUCAGUGUUUGCAGGAAGUGGAGAUGGGAAUCGAACUGAAACCGAACCGAAUACAGCGAACUCAAACUCUCCUGGUGACCGAAUCCGAACUCCAACGUCACUGAGUACGAACCAACCCGAACCUACUAUCACAAAAAAAAAAAUUAGAACUGACACUGCUUUAAUAAUGUGGCACAUCACUUCUCACGUCAGAAAUGCUUAUAACUAGAGAAUCCAAUUUGCAAAAAAAAAAAAAAAAAAAAAAAAAAAAAAAAAAAAAAAAAAAAAAAAAAAAAAAAAAAAAAAAAAAAAAAAAAAAUUAGACCAAAAUGAUUUUUUUUUUUAAAAAAUACCCCCCACCCAUCUCUCACCCACUCUUUCACGCAAAGGCUUCAUUUUGUAGUAAAGUGCGACAAAUUGAACUACAUCAUUAUAUGGCCUACUUUUGUUCAUGCAGUGACAGAAACUCGCUAAAAACAAACAAAAUUAGAUACCUGGAGGCACCUAUUUAUGUAUCCAUCAAACACAUUGUUUACAGUUGACAACACCUGGAUGAUGCGAGAUAUACGAGGGGUGGAGAGGGUGACAAAACGCCGCUGUAGUGCGGUGAUCCAACAAGCAGUGGCGUAGCUAACCCUAGCUACGCCACUGUCUAACAGAUAAACAAUUUCUUUGUUUUACCCGACGCGCCGCUGUAAACCUAAUGCACAGAAACAGAUGCUAGAAAUGGUUUUGUUUAGUGUGGGGCGCUCAAAGGAUUGAUACUUCUUAUUUAUUAUGUCUUUUUAAUAUUUGGAAAAUCCCUCUCAAUAAGCUGAAAGAAAAAAAAAAUGGAAAAAAAUUUGUUUCCUUAUUUUCAUUUGAUUUUAGCGGCACACCCGUUUAGUUGUAAUUCUAUACAUCCCGAUGUCUUUCUAUUUUACUUUUGUUUCCUUUUUAGUGGGAAUGUUUAUAAAAACUCUGUUGAUUGUCGUUUAUAAUAAAUCUAAGAUAUAUUUAUUUCAUUUACAUUAAAACCAAAUGAAUUUCAAAUUACCGAACGCGCCGCAUUGCAGUGGGUGUUUGAACCGAAGCUAUAGUUGUUGAGUUGUUAGCGAAUUGAAGCUAUAGCUGUUGAGUUGUUAGCGAACCGAAGCUAUAGCUGUUGAGUUGUUAGCGAACCGAAGCUAUAGUUGUUUAGUUGUUAGCGAACUGAAGCUAUAUUUGUUUAGUUGUUAGCGAACCGAAGCUAUAGCUGUUGAGUUGUUAGCGAACCCAAGGUUUAGUUGUUAGCGAACCGAAGCUAUAGUUGUUGAGUUGUUAGCGAACCAAAGCUAUAGCUGUUGAGUUGUUAGCGAACCCAAGGUUUAGUUGUUAGCGAGCCCAAGGUUUAGUUGUUAGCGAACCCAAGGUUUAGUUGUUAGCGAACCCAAGGUUUAGUUGUUAGCGAGCCUAAGGUUUAGUUGUUAGCGAACCCAAGGUUUAGUUGUUAGCGAACCCAAGGUUUAGUCUUUGGCGAGUCCAAUGUUUAGUUUUUAGCGAGUCCAAGGUUUAGUUGCUAGCGAACCUAAGGUUUAGUUGUUAGAGAGUCCAAGUUUUAUUUUUUAGCGAACCCAAGGUCAAGUUGUUAUCGAACCUAAGGUUUAGUUGAUAGAGAGUCCAAGGUUUAGUUGUUAGCGAUUUCAAGGUUUAGUUUUUAGCGAGUCCAAGGUUUACUUGUUAGCUAACCCAAGGUUUAGUUUCUAGCGAAUCCAAGGUUUAGCUGCUAGAGAGUUCAAGGUUGAGUUGUUAGCGAUCCUAAGGUGUAGUUGUUAGCGAGUUAAAGGUUUAGUUGUUAGCGAGUCCAAGGUUUCGUUGUUAGCGAACCCAAAGUUUACUUGUUAGAGAGUCCAAGGCUAUUUGCUAGCGAGUCCAAGGUUUAGUUGUUAGCGAACUCAAGGUUUUGUUGUUAGUGAGUUUAAGGUUUAGUUGUUAGCGAGUCCAAGGUUUAGUUACUAGCGAACCCAAGGUUUUGUUGUAAGCGAGUCCAAGGUUUAGUUUUUGCGAGUCCAAGGUUUAGUUACUAGCGAACCCAAGGUUUUGUUGUAAGCGAGUCCAAGUUUUAGUUGUAAGCGAGUCCAAGGUUUAGUUGUAAGCGAGUCCAAGGUUUAGUUGGAAGCGAGUCCAAGGUUUAGUUGGAAGCGAGUCCAAGGUUUAGUUGUAAGCGAGUCCAAGGUUUAUUUGUAGGCGAGUCCAAGGUUUAGUUGUAAGCGAGUCCAAGGUUUAGUUGGAAGCGAGUCCAAGGUUUAGUUGUAAGCGAGUCCAAGGUUUAUUUGUAGGCGAGUCCAAGGUUUAGUUGUAAGCGAGUCCAAGGUUUAGUUGCUAGCGAACCCGAAACAAACCGUGGUGAUGACCGAAUCCGAACCAAAACGAUCUUCUAAGAGGAUUCGAUUUCCUUCUAUAGCAAGGAGGGACAUGGAAUAAGAUCUUUCAAUAGAAUGUUUUUAAUGUUGAGUUGUUUUUAUUUCAAUUAGCCAAGUGCAUUGAAUGUCUCUUUAAAUGGCAUUCAUCAAAAUAUAAUUCAUUAACAGCAUUCUUGAAAAAUAAAAAAAAAUAAAUAAAAAUAAUAACUAUAAAAAUAAUGUAAAAAUAGUUGCGUGUGUAAACAUGCUAGCUUUUAAAAUAGCACAAGCAUUUUCUGGGAACCACUUCCGGGUAUUUUCCUGAUCUUGCCGUUCUUUCGAUUCCUGGAAUUAUCGCGCCUUGACGAAAUGAACAAAACAAAAUCCGUAAUAUCUCAUCUUGUGUUUAUUAAUAACACAAAGACAAGGUGACAUUUGGUAAUUUCAGCACGAAUUGUCCACAUCAUUCAGAAGUUUCAAUGAUAUUGGUCACGAUCACAACGAAAUAAAUAUCAUGAAAUGUAAAUCAAUGUUUCGAAAAAAAAAAUAAUCAAAAGUUUUUUUUUUUUUUUUUUUUUUUAAAUCAUAAGAAAAUGUAAAAUAACCCUAAAAAGGAAAAACAAGGUGAAGGUUAAUUUUUAGCCCCAGUCUGUAACCACCUUGUUACCCAGGUUUUUAAAAAAAAAAAAAAAAAAAAAAUAAAACAAUUUUUAAAAAAAAAAAAAAAAAAAAAAUUUUUUUUUUUUUUUUUUUUUUUAAAUCAUACGAAAAUGUCAAAUAACCCUAAGAAGGAAAACCAAGGUGAAGGUUAAGUUUUAGCCCCAGGCUGUAACCACCUUGUUAGCCAGGUUUUGUAGAGCGAAGGAUUGUAUCUUCCGUUGGGAGCACUCUGUGGCACGCGUGAUUAGCCCCCGUCCACGGUUGAUUUUCUUCACAUCACAAUGAAGGAGAACCCUAGAGGGCGCCGCUACAAGCCUUCUCAAGCACAGUCAGCUCUAUCUGAGCCGGCUAAGUUGAUGGAUGAAAACGGAAACGUCAAGCUGUGAGUCGCUCUACAUCUCUGGAUAUUCCAAUUACCGAGUUCAAGCACACUGGGAAAGGAUUCUGAGGGUUCUGGAAUACGACUUAAAGACAUAUUUCAUACCAAUGACCGCAAACGUUAUUGGAGGCUCUCAAAUUGAUAAACCCCAAAAACCAUUGUAAAUCCAUUACACCUACAAGCAUAUUUUUCGUUAAUUUGUUUGAAAUGACGACUUUUCGGUUUAAAAAAUAAGACAUACAUAGAUACACGAACGAUUAGUGUUAAGAGUCAAUAAAACUUUUUAAAAACAUUACCAAAUUUUACAAAAAGUUUUAUUGCAAGAAAUAAAAUGACAUAAUCGGCAUAUAACCGGACCCGACAAAAAAAACUGAACAGUUGGUAAAAAUAAAAAGAGUUUCAUAAACCCCAUACAGAUCCGGGUAUUUUGAGACAAUACCCGGGGAGUCCGAGUCCGGGUGUUAAAAAAUGAGUUAUCUUCUAAUUAUCUAAUGUGUUCCACCCAAUGGCGAGAAGUGGAAAUUCCAUGUAUAGAGGCAGUAGCUAUCACUAACGUAUCAAAGUUGAAGGCCUCAAAACACUAAUAGCUCAAUAAUAGAAUCCCAACCCAGCGGUUCUCAAUCUUUUUAGUACCACAACGCCUCUAUAAUAUUUUCAAAAUUGUGGCAACCCUAAGCAGAUUUAUACCUUGAAAUUGAGAAGGGGGGAGGGCAAAGCUUUAUGGAAGAUAAAAGUGUAGAGGGGGGUGGGGUGGAGGACAGCAGAAAUACGGACCUUGGCUUAGAAGCUGAAAACUUUUAAACUUUAGUGGGGGGGGGGGGGGGAAUAAAAAAACAAAGAACUAAUAAACUUAAAAUCUUUAAUAACGAUACUUCUUUUUUUUUAAUGAAGCUUUAGUUUAGCUAGAGUAAAGUAACAAUACAAAAAACUAGUCGGAUAUCUAUAUAUAAUAUUUCAAUAUUCAUUUUGAAAAUUCAAUUAAUAAAAGAUACAGUUGAUACAUACAACCGCCACCACGAUUGUUCCACUUCUUCAAUGAAUGUUAAAUGACAUUAAUGAGUUAUUGAGUUAUCUGACAGAACUAAGAAAUUAUCAACAACAACCACAGCAAAAAAUUGUCUAAUUAGCUUCAUCAGCCAGAUAGAAUGUGAAAUGAGAUAUUAAUUGUAAAGAGGCAGUGCCAUGGUCAUCACCAAAGAUAUGUACGCUGAUAAGACAAAUCAUUCAACACAAUUACAUGCUAAAAUUAUAAAAGUACAUUAUUAUUUAAAGAGCUUUGCCGUUUCAUUUAACUUACAUUUGGUUUCAUUGAGCUUAAAUUUGGUUUCAUUUCGCUUACAGUUGGUUUCAUUUAGCUUACAUUUGGUUUCAUUUAGCUUAUAUUUGGUUUCAUUGAGCUCACAUUUGGUUUCAUUUAGCCCAUUUAUGGUUACACGUAGCUGAAAUUUUGUUUCAUUUAGCUUACAUUUGGAAUCAUUUAGCUUACAUUUGGUUUUACUUAGUUUACAUUUGGUUUCAUUUAGCUUAUAUUUGGUUUAAUUUAGCUUAAAUUAGGUUUCAUUGAGCUCACAUUUGGUUUCAUUUAGCUUAUUUAUGGUUACAUUUAGCUUAAAUUUGCUUUCAUUUAGCUUUAAUUCGGUUACAUUUAGCUUACAUCUGCUUUCAUUUAGCUUACAUUUGGUUUCAUGUAGCUUACAUUUGAUUUUAUUUAGCUUGCAUUUGGUUUCAUUUAGCGUACAUUUGUUUCAUAUAGCCUACAUUUGGUUUCAUUAAAAUUACAUUUGGUUUCAUUUAGCUUAUAUUUGGUUUCAUUUUGUUUGCAUUUUGUUUUAGUUAGCGUUCAAUUGGUUCCAUUUAGCUUACAUUUGGUUUCAUUUAGCUUACAUUUGGUUUCAUUUAGCUUACAUUUGGUUUCAUUUAGCUUACAUUUGGUUUCAUUGAGCUCACAUUUGGUUUCAUUUAGCCCAUUUAUGGUUACAUGUAGCUGAAAUUUUGUUUCAUUUAGCUUACAUUUGGUUUCAUUUGACUUACAUUUAGUUUCAUUGAGGUUUAAUUUGGUUUCAUUGAGCUUAAAUUUGGUUUCAUUUAGAUUACAUCUGGUGUCAUUUAGCCUACAUUUGGUUUCAUUAAGCUUACAUUUGGUUUCAUUUAGCUUAUAUUUGGUUUCAUUUUGUUUGCAUUUUGUUUUAGUUAGCUUUCAAUUGGUUCCAUUUAGCUUACAUUUCAUUUCUUUUAGCUUAUAUUUGGUUUCAUUUAGCUUACAUGUGGUUUCAUUUAGCUUACAUUUGUUUUUUUUUAGCUUACAUUUGGUUUCGCACCAAUUGCUAGUCAGUUUUUUAUAUUUUUCAUUUAAUUUAGGUAAAGUGUAAAAAUAAAAGUACGUAAAAUAAAUGUACAGGUUCUGUACAUGCACUUUGCAUUUGUUGCCCAUUGGAUGGAACACUCAUAGAAAAUAAGAAGAUGAGUCUUUUUUUAUCACCCAGUUCCGUUUUUUAUUUUGUCCGGGUAUGUGUCGAUUAUGUUGAUACUCGGAAUUUCUGAAUAUCCGGGUUAGUACUUGGCUCAGUACCUGGCUCAGUACGAACACAGAUGUCAUAGUUUAAAUAAUCAGAAAAUAAAUAGCCUACAAUUAAAUACCACAACUAUAACCAUUUUUCAUGUAAGUUAAAAGAGCCCCCCUCCCCCUUCCACGCGAUGGAGGCCCAUUCCAUAAAGUACCGCUUUAGUUUCGUGAGUUAGGGGGGCCUAUAAAAAUCUUUCAGGUAAAUAAUGGAGUUAUUUUAAUUUAAAAGUUGACCCAUUAAAAUCGAUUUAAAAAUGCCAGAGAUCUAGCCUUUUAAAUGAUCGAAAAUUCUAGACCGGCCCUGAAUAGCUUGGAUAUUAUUAGUUUUAAAUCCACCGAUAUUUCAAUUUGGUCUAUAAAGGGUAUUGCUACCAAGCUAGGCCAAGAUCGAUCAAUUCACAUAGAACCUAUGGUGUUGUCUAAGCCUAAAGUUAUUUAUAAUUAUUAUAUAAGAAACAACGAAAUGAAUGCCCCGGCCCCAAUGGAAUGGCUAUAAUGAGUUCAGUACCCUUCGGUCUUUGAAUAAGGAUAAUCAAGUGUAUUUUUGUCUAAGUUUGGUCAAGAUCAAUGCUUUUAUGUACGAGUAAUUGUUGGCAAUUUGAUUCAUAUAGCUCAUAUUAUGAAAAAAAACGAAUUUAGGGCUUCCGGCCCAGAACGGAACAUUUUUCAAGGUUAAAUACCCCCACGCAUUUGAUUUUGGAUAAUGAUGGACAUGCGUGCUAACAUUGGUGAAGAUCAAUCAAUCCAUGUAAAAAACAUAUGUAGAACACACAUACAAAUCCCAAACAUUUUCACGUUUAUAGAUAGAAAUGAUAUGAUAUGAAAUGAUAGAUGGAAAAUGACAUUGGGAAUUGGGGAACCCCUACCCAGAAAGGGAUACAAGUUAUGUGUUCAAAACCCUCUAGUGUUUCAAUAUAGAUAUUCAAGUGCUGCAGGUGUACCAAGUUGAAACAUUAAAUGCAGAAAUAAUUGCAACAAUAACCUAAACAAUAACUUUAACAAUAACGUUCAUAAUAACUGGUAGAUGAGAUAUAUAGCAUUACUCUUGGCGACCGUAAAGACUGCAUAUAAUUUACCAUAACAAGGAUUGAGUUCUAUUAUAAUUGCCAAUGAUAUCCUUGCUUGUAUCAUACUGAAAGUGAACGAUUUUAUUAAUUGCAGUUCAUGUUAGUUUUGCUUAGUUUUAAACUUGAAAAUUGCCCAUUAAUUUAAAACUUCUUAAAGUAAUCAAAUGUAAGUGCAUCAUUGUUUCGUUGUCAAAGAUUAACGUUUCUAGUUUUUUUAAUUGUAAAAAAAUAAAAAAAUCAAUUUUAAUUAAUGAUAUCUUUUGACUGACGUGUAACCUUGUGAAUGGUUGAUUUGAUCGGGUCAACAUUGUGAGUGAUUAAAGGGCGACGAAUGAAUGAAAAGUCAAGCUGUGAGUGAUUAAAAUAUGUCCCUAUAACCUCGUCAGUAUUGGAAGGACUACCAGCUGGAGUGGGACCCGGCCCUCUACGGCAACAUUGACUCAAUCAGGAUCAAACCAGAGAAAGUCUGGGUGCCGGAUUUCGUGCUUUUCAACAAGUAAGUCUGCCUCUGUGCGAGUCUGCGCGCCAUCCUCUUUGUUGAGUCUGUCUUCCUCUCUGCUCUCUGUCUGCAUGCCUCGCCGUAAAUAUGUCUGCACGUCUCAUUGCGAUUCUGCUUGCAUUCGGUGGGGGUGCUUAAUCUCGCUACACUUUGUUAACUGUUGAUUCCCAGCAUUUAAAGACAUAAGAAAGGCAGAAAAGAAAAACGUAUUUAUUUAAAACAAAACUUUUUACAUUUUCAUUUUCCUUAAAGUAAAUUAACAAGUUUUUAUUUUCAAAAAUCCAGUCAUUUAAUGAGAUCACGAAUCAGGCCGCCAAGCAACAGGCAAGACAAGAAAGCUGGUUUAAGCAACAACUUUCUUCACUCUACAAAAAAACAAAACAAAAAAGCUUUAUUAUAUUUAUUUUUUUAACACAGACGAUUUUUUUUGGGGAAUGUCGCACUGUCUAACAUAUGUAUCAACAGAAGUUAUCCGGCUAUAUAUGUAUUAGUUUUUAGACUUCGUUUGAAUUUCAAUGCAAAUAUUUAACAACUUUGGUAAAGGGACGUCCGCAGAAGUCGAUAUCAAAUUGACUAUUUGCACUACAUUUGAUUUGAUUGGACGAGAGGGGUCAUGACGCGUUCGACAUGUUUGUUUCAACAAGUGAACAGCCGUUUGUUUACAAAGGUACACACGGAUUGAUGACGCCAUCGUCGAAAUUUUGUAAUACUAUUUAAAAGUGAGGUAAAAAAAAACAACAACAGAGACUUUGUUGCAGAACUGUUGUCUUCUUGAUUGUUAAGAUUAUUCAGUUGAAGGUCAGGGUGGACGAGAAAUGUAAAAAUAUAAUACGGAGCUAAUGGUGAACGGACGCAAUAUUGAAAAAGAUGUGGCCCUGGAAGCAUAGGUCAACUUCAACCAGGUAUGCCAAAUGUUUGACGAGUACACUAUAUAAAAAAAAUAUACCUCAUGCAGUAGCUAAUGAACGAGCUGUUUGAUGGGCAGAGUGGCGGGCAGUUUGGUGGGCAGAGUGGUGGGCAGUUUGGUGGGCAGUUUGGUGGAGAGUGUGUUGGGCAGUUUGAUUAAAUUUGGUUGGCAGUUUGAUGGGAAAUUUGAUGGGCAGUGCAGCUGGCUGUUUGAUGGGCAGUCUGAUGGACAUUUUGGUGAGUUGUUUGAUAAGCAGUUUGGUGGGCAGUUUGAUGGGAAGUUUACUGGGCUGUUUGAUGGGCAGUUUGAUGGGCAAUCUGAUGGGAAAUUUAAUGGACAGUUUGAUUGGCAGUUUGGUGGGCAGUUUGUUUGGCAGUGUGGAAGGCAAUUGAUGGGAAGUUUGGUAGGUAGUUUGAUGGGCAGUCUGAUUGACAGUUUGGUGUGCUGUUUGAUGGUCAGUUAGGUGGGCAGUUUUGUGGGCAGUUUGAUGGGCAGUUUAGUGGGCAGUUUUUGGACAGUGUGGAAGGCUAUUGAUGGGCAGUUUGAUGGACUGUUUGACGGGCAGUUUGGUGAGAUGUUUGAUGGGCAGUGUGGGUGGCAGUUUGGUGGGCUGUUUUAUGGGCAGCUCUGAUGGGAGUUUGGUGGGCUGUUUGAUGGGCAUACUGAUGGAUAUUUUGGUGGGCUGUUUGAUAGGCAGUUUGAUUGGAGUUUGGUGGACAGUUUGGUGGGCUGUUUAAUGGGCAGACUGAUGGAUAUUUUGGUAGGCAGUUUUGAUGGGCUGUGUGGUGGGAUGUUUGGUGGGCUGUUUGAUGGGCAGUUUGAUGGGAAGAUUGGUGGGCUCUUUGAUGGGCAGUCUAAUGCACAGUUUGGUGGGCUGUUUGAUUGGCCGUUUGAUGGGCAGUAUGGCGGUUGUUUCGCGGGAUAUUUGAUGGGCACAUUGGUGGGCAGUUUUGUGGACAGUUUAUUAGGAAGUUUAUUGGGCAGUUUAUUGGGCAGUUUAUUGGGCAGUUUAUUGGGCAGUUUAUUGGGCAGUUUGAUGGGCAUUGUGGUGGGCAGUUUGAUGGGCAUUGUGGUGGCCAGUUUGAUGUGCUUUUUGUUGGGUAGUUUGUUGGGCAUUUUAAUGGGAAGUGUAGUGGCCAAUUUAGUGGGCUGUGUGGUGGGCCGUUUAAUUGGAAGUUUUAUGGGCAGUUGGCUUGGCAUUUUGAUAGGCGGUAUGAUGGGAAGUCUGAUUAGCACUUUAUUGGGCAGUUUGGUUGGCAGUUUCAAUGCAGUGAGAAGGCCAGUUGAUAGGCGAUUCGUAGAGCAGUGUGAUGAUCAGUUUGGUGGGCUUUUUGAUGGGCAGUUUGAUGGGCAGUUUGAUUGGAAGUUUAUUGGGAAGUUUAAUAGGCAGUUUGGUGAGAAGUUUGAUGAGCAUUUUAGUUUGGAGGGAAUUUGAGUUGACAGUUUAGUGGGCAGUUUGAAUAGCAGUUUGAUGGGCAUUGUGGUGGGCAGUUAGGUGGGCUGUGGUGGGAAGUUUGAUAAGGAGUUUUGUGGGCUCUUUGAUUGGCAGUUUGGUGGGAAGUUUGUUUGGCAUUGUGGUGGGAAGUCAAUGGAAGUUUGAAGGGCAGUUUGGUUUGAAGUUUAAUUGGCAGUUUGUGAGUAGUUUUUUGGGCAUUUAAGUGGGCAGCUUGAAGGAAAGGUUGGUGGGCAGUUUGGUGAGAAGUUUAUGGGACAUUUGAUCGGCAGUGUGGUGGGCAGUUUGGUGGGAAGUUAGAUUGGCUGUUUUUUUGUCAGUUUAUUGGGCAGUUGCGUGGGCAGUGUGGUUGAUAGUUAUUUUCGCAGUGAGGAGGGCAGUUGAUGGGCAGUUAAUGGGCAAAACGUGGGCAGUUAGAGCGCAGUUUUAUGGGUAUAUAUAUGGGCAGUUUGGUGAAAGUUUGGUGUUAGGUUUGGUGGGCAGUUUAUUGGGCAUAUUGAUGGGAAGUGUGGUGGGCAGUUUUAUGGGCAGUCUCGUGGACAUUUUGAUGGGCAGUUAAGUGGGAAGUUUGAUGGGCAUUUGGUGGGCAGUAGUUUUAUGGGCUGUUUUGUGGCCUGUUUUGUGGGAAGUUUGAGGGGCAGUUUGGUGGGCACUUUAAUGGACAAAUUUAUUUCAUAUUUGCUGGGCCGUUUGAUGGACAGUUUUGUUGGGCAGUUUAGUGGGCUGUGUGGUGGGAAGUUUGAUGGACUGUUGGAUGUGCAUUUUGAUGGGCAGUUUUAUGGGCAGUAUGUUUGGCAGUUUGUUAGGCAGUUUAGUGGGCAGUUAGGUUGGCUGUUGUUUACGCAGUGAGGAGGGCAGUUGAUGGGCAGUUUGUAGGCAAACUUACUGCCUCUGACACUAAUAUUACUUUCGACAAACUUACAGCCUCUGAAAUUAAUACUACUCUCGACAAACUUACUGCCACUGACACUCAUACUACUCUCGACAAACUUACUGCCUCUGAAAUUUAUACAACUCUCGACAAACUUACAGCCACUGACACUAAUACAACUCUCGACAAACUUACUGCCUCUGAAAUUAAUACGACACUCGACAAACUUACUGCCUCUGAAAUUAAUACUACUCUCGACAAACUUAUUGCCUCUGACACUAAUACUACUCUCGACAAACUUACUGCCUCUGAAAUUAAUACUACUCUCGACAAACUUAUUGCCUCUGACACUAAUACUACUCUCGACAAACUUACUGCCUCUGAAAUUCAUACAACUCUCGACAAACUUACAGCCACUGAUACUAAUACAACUCUCGACAAACUUACUGCCUCUGAAAUUAAUACGACUCUCGACAAACUUACUGCCUCUGACACUAAUACUACUCUCGACAAACUUACUGCCUCUGACACUAAUACUACUCUCGACAAACUUACUGCCUCUGACACUAAUACUACUCUCGACAAACUUACUGCCUCUGACACUAAUACUACUCUCGACAAACUUACUGCCACUGACACUAAUACUACUCUCGACAAACCUACUGCCUCUGACACUAAUACUACUCUCGACAAACUUACUGCCUCUGACACUAAUACUACUCUCAACAAACUUACUGCCUCUGACACUAAUACUUCUCUCGACAAACUUACUGCCUCUUACACUAAUACUACUCUCGACAAACUUACUGCCUCUGACACUAAUACUACUCUCGACAAACUUAUUGCCUCUGACACUAAUACUACUCUCGACAAACUUACUGCCUCUGACACUAAUACUACUCUCGACAAACUUUUUGCCUCUGACACUAAUACUACUCUCGACAAACUUAUUGCCUCUGACACUAAUACUACUCUCGACAAACUUACUGCCACUGACACGAACACCACUUUCGACACACUGACUGCCACUCACAAGCCAGGACUUUCACAUUUCACAUUACUUCGAUAACUACAGAUUUGUCAACAAAACUAUCUCACCAUUUCUCACCCUGAGGUCACGCAGUAAUUAAACUGCUCACUUGUCUAUUGACCUCUCACAACCCGACCAUUGUCACUUCCGGCUAGCAACAGGAUGGCGGAAUACAAAUAUGACAAAAGCACUAAAAAAAAAGGAAAGAAAUGGGAACUUUAGAGACAAAAUAACUUGAAGAAAUUUACAGAGUUGUACAACAUACACUAAAGACUUUAUCCAAAAUGAGAAUGUAUGUUUUUUUAAUAAGUAUAAUUCAUUUUGUGAGAUGUUAAAAUACAACUUAACAGCUUCUUAUACCGACAUCAUGUUUAAUAUCUUCAUAAUCCUACAACUAUUGUAUCGACCCAUUGUCUUGUAAGCAUGCCACAAAACACGGGUAAAACAUCAGAAAGUGUCUAAAUCGCACGUGAAGACUGGUCCUGGUGGGCCACGCAAAAGAGGUCAUUACGUGAUCGAAUGGGUAGAAAAUCAGAUACAGCAAACUUGACGUAGUUUGCGUAAGAGAACAGUGAGACAUACAAAAACACUGCUGGUCAUCCACGGCAUCCUCGUCUUUUCCAGUGGUCUUGUCUAAGUCUCGCCAAGGGAUCGAAAACGGCAAGGAUGAUAUAUAUAUAUACAUAGAGAGAGAGAGAGAAUGAGAGAGAGAGAGAGAGGCUGAGGAAUUGCGGAACUCUCCCUCACUUUAAUCAAAAUAAUGCACGUGUCAGUAUUAUUACCUCUCGGUAUCUAGGUUACCUUACUUAAGACCACCAUUGUUUUUCUAAAAUGGAGGUGGAGGAUAGAAGAAGUGCUUCAAACACAACACAAAAAAUCCGUGGAAGAUCAAACCAAAGACGCUAAAUGUUGGUGCCUGGAAUGUGCAAACUUUGAUGGAUAGCCCCAAAAGGAAUCAGUUAAGAUCUGUGAAGUGCACUGGUUUCUAUAAAGCUCGUAAGAUACAAUACCGACAAAGCCGCACUAUCACAAACACGCCUUCCAGAAAUCAAAGUCAACUUACAGAGCUUGGGGGUGGGUACACUUUCUUCUGGCGAGGCUGCUGCUAUAACGAACGACGAGAAGCUGGUGUUGGCUUUGCCAUCAAAACAAGCAUUGCCCGCACACAGUCGGAAUUACCAGAAGUCAUCAUUGACUGUUUGAUGACACUUCAACUCCCUUUUCCAAACAAAAAGGAGCCACUCUCAUAAGUGAUAAUGCUCCAGCGAUGCACAAUUCAGAGGAAACCAAAAAAAAAACAAAAACAAAAAACGAAGAACUAAACAAUGUCACUCCGAAAUCUCCAAAUUCUGAGAAGCUCGUUAUCCGUGGGGACUUCAUUGUUAGAGUUGGAACAGACCACCAUAUAUGGGAAGGGGCUAUCGGAAGACAUGGCCAUGGAAAGUGUAACAGCAAUGGUCUACUGCUCCUGACCUGUGCAUGACACAUGACUCCACUAUCGCAAACACGCUUUACCGCCUUCACACUGCCUGGAUGCAUCCGCGUUCAAAACACUGGCACAUGAUUGACCGUGGUAUCCCCAGAAAGAAUGUCAUACACGAUGCUAGAGUAACCAAGGCUAUGUGUGGCGCUGAAUGCUGGACCGACCAUCGACUAAUAAUGUCCAAAUUAAAGUUUCAUGUCUUACCCAUGAAAAUACCUCAAACAAGAAAUUUAAAACAAAGCAAGAGAAAGUCCAAAUAAAGAUGAAGUCAGGAGGACAAUCUAGCAACUCUCCUCAAAUAAAGACAAAUGUAAAGAUGCAAUGCCUGUUGAAAUCUAAAAAGCAGAGGCCCUUCCUGAUAAAUAGACUGGCGGAUCUAUUUGAGUCGAUAUUGAAAGAUGAUACUGUCCCUAAGCAAUUCAAUGAUGAUAAUAUAAUCCGCAUAUAUAAGCAAAAGGAUACUCACAAAACCAGUGACAACUAUCGAAGCAUUUCUUUCCUUCCAUAGAUGGGGAGAACUUGGUCAGAGUCCUGCUCAAACGUUUACAACUAAACCUUGAACACAGACUACUUCCUGAAAGCCAAUGUCUAUUCCUGGGCACAGCUGACAUGAUAUUUGGUGCACACCAGCUAAAGGAAAAAUGUCCAGAGCAACAUAGCAGCCUGAUCAUCCCCUUUGUCGAUUUGAACGAAGCAUUUGACUCAGUCACUAGAUAUGGCCUGUCGAAGAGCAUGGAGAAGUUGCUGCCCGAGCAGAUUUAUGACAAUAGUAAGACUCCUCCAUGAUGGUAUGACGAUCAUUGUGAUGUAUUCUGGUGAUGAGUCAGUUGCUUUGCCUCUAACUAAUGGCGUAAAACAAGGCUGUGUUUUCGCCCAAACACUACUUAGCAUGGUAUUCUCAGCUAUGCUGAAUUAUGCUUUUCUUGACGAUCAUGACGGCACUCCUAUUAUAAUCCUCUCACAUGAUUUAAAAUCCCACACAUAGUUUAAUAAUCCACACACACUCUAAUCAUCCUAAAUCACAGUUUCAUAUUUUACCUCAAAGGAAGAGUCUCCUAAUACCCCCCCCCCAAACCAGACCACUCAGAGUCAUUUUGUAUCCUUACUACAUACACGCAGACGGAGGGCUAUUUAGUCUUUGGAGACUGCAAGCUACUACGAAAGUUAAAGAAAUGGCUAUUCGAUACCUCUUCUUUGCUGAUGACUGUGCCUUCAAAAUAUAAGCUUAGAAAUGAAAAUACAGCAAAUUCUUGAUCACUUUGCUUAGCCCUGUGACAAUUACGGCCUCGCCAUGAAUACAAAAAAAAAAAAAAAAAAAAAAAAAAAAAACCAACAACACACAAAACAAAAAAAAAAAAAAAAAAAAAAAAAAAAAAAAAAACAGAGAUCUUGCACCAGCCAGCUCCAGGAAAAGCUUAUAAAAGAACUUAAAAUAUUAGUGAAGGGACAGAAUCUGCAAGCAGUUGAAAGAGAAUCACAUAUUUGUACAGCCCCCUCUCCAGGUCAGUAACAAUAGACGAUGAGAUCCAUAAAUGAAUUUCCAAAGCAAAUGCUGAAUUUGAAAGGCUCCGCAGGAGUGUAUGGGAGCGAAGGGGCCCCAUCUUGUCACUAAGCUAAAGGUAUAUUGGGCAAUCAUAUUAACAUCACUCCUAAAUUCUAUUGAGACGUGGACAGUGUACUGUAAAGCAUGGCAAACCUCUUGGCAGUUCAGAGUCGCUGAUUUUUUAUCAGCAUCCACAUGCUUCUACAAAAGGGACAAGCCAGAUGGGCAGGACAUUUGCAAGAAUGCAGGACAGCAGACUUUUCAAACAACUAAUUUUCGAUAAACUCUCCAAUGAGAAACGCCAAGAAAAAACGCUUUAAGGACUGUCUAAAAGCGUCACUUAAAUACAUUGGCAUUGACCUUGAUUUGUGUGAGACAUUGGCAAAGGACCGUGCCCGAUGGCGUGGCAAGCUCACUGUAGGAGCACAAACCUCAGAGAAUAAGCAUCCCACUCAAGCCCAGAGAAAGCGCAUGCCAACAGAAAGCAGCAUAGACUCAAAUCCAACUAGGACCCAAAGCAACGUGUUUCCUACGUGCGGGAAAGCUUUCCAGGCACACAGGACUGGUGGGCCAGCUGCGUACUCACUGUGUAUAAUAGCCUUGGUCAUCUUGGCAGGCCACCUGCAUACUCACUGUGUAUAAACCCUUGGUCAUCUAGGGAGGCCACCUGCAUAUUCUGCAUAUUAUGCAUAUUCACUGUGGAUUAUAGCCUUGGUUAUCUGGGCAACCCACCUGCAUAUUCACUGUGGAUAAUAGCUUUGGUCAUCUUGGCAGGCCACCUACAUACUCACUCUGGAUUAUAACCUUGGUCAUCUUGGCAGGCCACCUGCAUACUCACUCUGGAUUAUAACCUUAGUCAUCUUGGCAGGCCACCUGCAUAUUCACUGUGGAUUAUAACCUUGGUCAUCUUCGCAUGCAAAGGACGAAUGGCAACAAAGAACAACUAAUAAACAACCCAACCAAUCAAAACUGGCCCUCACAAAACGAUUCAACAACUCAUGAUCAAAACCAUUCCAUAAACAACUCGACUCCGCUAACAAACCCAGUUCAUAACACCAUCUUAGUCCAAUUCUCAUCUUAAGACCUGGGUAUAUUAUUAGUUACUAUGCAACUUAUUUGUAAAGCCCAAAUUAAGGGAAUUCCAGACGAGAACCGAAAGGGGUAAAAAAGUUUUGUAUCCCUUAAAUUGGGGCUUCAAUAUGAAAGAUAUUGGAUAAAUAACAAGUAAAUGGAAUUUUUCUUUUAAAAGAUUCAGUAAUAAACCUAUGAAACCGAUCAUUAGAAACAUGUUAUUUUCAAUCAAUACAAAAAAAUUACCUUUUAUCAAUACAAAAACACUCAAUUCAGUCACACAAAAAAAACCCCACUGCUUUCAGUCAAUACAAAAUCAUUACUUUCAAUUACUACAAAACAUUACUUUCCAUCAGUACAAAAACACUAUUUUCAAUCAAUACAAACACGAUUAUGCUGACUUGAGCUCAAAACUUGACUAUUUCUUUUAUUUCAGUGCCGAUGGCAACUACGAGGUGACCUACAAGUCCAACUGCGUCCUGUAUCACAACCAGGAGAUCAGCUGGAUCCCCCCGGCCAUCUACCACAGCUCUUGUUCCAUUGACGUCAUGUACUUUCCUUUCGACCAGCAGACCUGCGAGAUGAAGUUCGGCUCCUGGACGCACAAGGGCACGGCCCUGAAGUACAGUUUUUACCUGAACAUGAACAAACUCGACCUGACCGACUACCUGAAGAGCGGCAGCUGGGACAUCAUCGACUGCCCCGGGGACAUCGUCACCAUCACGGACCAGAUCACCGGGGAGGUCAAAGAUCAGAUCGUGUUCAAGUUCGUUCUACGACGGAAGACUCUGUUCUACACCGUCAACCUCAUCAUCCCGUGUGUGCUCAUCUCAUUCGUCAGCAUCUGCGUGUUUGCCCUGCCGGCAGAAGGCGGUGAAAAGAUAACAUUGUGCAUCUCCGUUCUGCUGGCUCUCGUCGUUUUUCUGCUCUUGGUCUCCAAGAUUCUGCCCCCGUCGCUUACAAUACCCCUCAUAGCCAAGUACUUGCUGUUCACGUUCAUCAUGAACCUGAUCGCCAUUUUUUUCACGGUCGUCAUCAUCAAUCGAAACUACAGGACGCCCAGGACACAUCGAAUGCCCCACUGGGUGCGCGUGCUGUUUCUCCGCGAGCUACCCCGCUACCUGUUCAUCAAGCGACCUGACCACAUGAAUCGCUGGGAAGGCAAGACCUUCACCCCUCCACCGUCAUUCCAUUCCACACCCGAGCCGAGACGCGUCAACGUUAAUCUGGGUCGAGACAAUGAUUUCCUGGAGCUGACGGAGGUGCACCACCCUCACUGUAAGCUCAGUUCCGUGGCGCACAACCACAAGGAGUGUUUGAGGGCACAAGGCAGCAGUGGCAGCAGUACAGGGGCGGAGAAGUCGUCGCGGUCAGUUCCCCUGUCCGGAGACGGGGAGGAGUCCAUGCAAUUCACCAUGACACCAGAGCUUCACAAGACAGUCGAGGCGGUCAAAUUUAUUUAUCAGCAUCUCAAGAAUGAAGAGGAAUAUGAGACUGUAAGUGGUGUAAGAGUAAAAUAUGAGACUGUAAGUGGUGCACGAGUAAACUAUGAGACUGUAAGUGGUGUAAGAGUACAAUAUGAGACUGUAAGUGGUGUAAGAGUAAAAUAUGAGACUGUAAGUGGUGCAAGAGUAAAAUAUGAGACUGAAAGUGAUGUAAGAGUAAAAUAUGUGACUUUAAGUGGUGUAAGAGUAAACUAUGAGACUGUAAGUGCUGCAAGAGUAAAAUAUGAGACUGUAUGUGGUGUAAGAGUAAAAUAUGAGACUGUAAGUGGUGUAAGAGUAAAAUAUGAACAUGUAAGUGGUGUAAGAGUAAAUAUGAGACUGUAAGUGGUGUAAGAGUAAAAUAUGAGACCAAGUGGUGUGAGAGUAAAAUAUGAGACUGUAAAUGGUGUAAGAGUAAAUUAUGAGCCUGUAAGUGGUGUAAGAGUAAUAUAUGAGACUAUAAGUGGUGUAAGAGUAAUAUAUGAGACUAUAAGUGGGAGUAAAAUAUAGUUCUGGGAGUGAAAGAUAUGAUAAUUUUUUUUAAAGAUACAAUGAUACUGUGUGUAUGUAUUUAGUAAGAAUAAAUUGUGAUAAUGAGUGUGUGUGUGGGGGGGGGGGAGUAAAUUAGGAGACUAGUCAUUUAGAUAAAAUAUGAAACUUUGAUAUAUGAUUAUUAAACUGUGAGUGGGGAGUAUUAGACUGUGUGGGGAGUAUUAGACUGUGUGGGGAGUAUUAGACUAUGUGGGGAGUAUUAGACUGUGUGGGGAGUAUUGGACUGUGUGGGGAGUAUUAGACUGUGUGGGAGCAUUAGACUGUGUGGGGAGUAUUAGACUGUGUGGGGAGUAUUAGACUGUAUGGGGAGUAUUAGACUGUGUGGGGAGUAUUACACUGUUUACGGUGCUACAAUAAAUAAAAUAAAUAACACACCGGCACGAAGUAAAACGUGUUGAUCACUCAUUACGACAUGGUCUGUUCUAUUUUGUUCAUAACUUUGUAUCUCUACCUUGUCUCACAGGUCCUUGAGGACUGGAAAUACGUUGCCAGAGUCCUGGACAGGCUGCUUCUUUUGAUCUUCCUGUUGGUCACUCUCAUCGGGACUGCCGGGAUCCUGCUGAACGCUCCUCACAUUCUGGAAUAUGUGGACCAGGACCAGAUCAUCCAAGGGUUGCUCGACUACAUAGCAAAGGCCAAAAAAUCUCAGACGGUUUAAAGUGGACAGAUUUUCAUCAUUUAAAAACUGAAUUAACUUUUGAAAAUAGUGUGGUACCGUAGUUAUGGAAUGGAUACAACGUCAUUAUGCACAGUAUACACAGUGAGUCUGAUUGAUACUAGAAUUCAAAAGUAAAAUUGUGAUGGUGUGAAGUGCCUCAUUAGGAUAGGUUCGAUAAUUUGAAGAUUGACAAGGGGAAAUAGUCCAAUGUAAUGUCCCAUUACUAAAAGAUUGUUAGUUUGUUAUGUUAUUUUAUAAUACUCAUCAGCGAUGCAUAAUAUGAUAUUAAAUCAGAUUAUUACAAGAUCAGUUGGUGCUGGACUGAGGCAAUCCAAAAUAACAUCUGGUGGUCUAGAGUUCAAUCCCCACCAAAGCCAAGACAAGCUAAAACAUCCACAGGACCCCGGGUGGAUGGAACUCGUUAACCUUGGACUCAUCUAAGAGGAGGCAAACUCUCACUUCGAACCCGGAGAUGGAGUCCCGUAGGCGGAUAACAUUGACACAAUGAAAACUCCUGCGACGCUAAUGGUGCCAAGCUGUAUCAUCCACACAUGAUGUUCCCAUGACAUCCAGGUGCCCGGAGAGUGGCGAUUCGCUGUCUGGGGAAGUAGCUUAUCAUCCUAAAGGAAAUCCCCAGGCUUUGUGAUUUCAACCUGCGAGGUCCCCACCAUUGUGUUGGGUUUGAUGUUUACAAAUGCAUCUAAGUCUUUGAUCUGUUGAUAUGUGAUCAUGAAAUCGUUGACCUGUUGAUAUGAGAUCAAUAAAUAGUUCAUA